CAGAAUCCAAGUACACAAGCUGGAGUUCCUCCCAUCAUACACUGCCCCAGCCAAUCCCUCUGCACAAGUUCCCUACUGAGCCCUGGGAUAAAGACACAGAGCUGCUCUCCCCAAGCUCUUUCCGAAGAAGAACCUCUGCCGAAGCUGCUUCACUGCCUCUUUCAAGAGUCUCUACAGGGCAGACAUGACCGAAAUAUAUGACGUCAUUGUCAUCGGCGGGGGCAUCUCAGGUGGGCUUUCAUACCUAACAACAAUAACAUUAUUGGAGUUGAUAUUUAAGGUUGAUCAGAAGAUAUAAACAUGCAUAAAUGUGAGAUGACUUGUGAAGACAACGCCUUUCAUGCGCAGCAAACCAAAAUAUAAUUGCUUUUUAACUACAAGUCUAAUCAUGCUAGUAAACAAAGCCUGCAGGUAGAAUGCCAGAGAUUGGCUCCCAACUCAGGGAAUAAAGAGAAAUUAUUGUGAGAGCUUUAUUGCAUUGCUUUUUUUUUUGCCUCAGAGGAUAAUAAAAUAUAAUCUUAUGUGUUUAGUUUUACUGAUUGAUCAUAAUAAAGAAAUCCACAGUAAGUGAUCUGGAUGAGGAUGAUAGAAUGUAGUCUUUGUCUUUUGCUGAAACACGAUGGCUGCUGAACAGUUAAUUUACAUUAUACUAACAUAAAGGCAUUGUACUUCACAACAAACAGGAGAAGCAUCCCUCCACCAUCUUUUCUGGUACCCCUAGAAGGAGAGGACUUCUCCAUUCUUCUCCACCCUUCAUUCAUAUAAAAUGGGAUUAAUGACAAAAUGCAGAAAUACAAAAAAUGAUUCCUAGUAUUGAUCCGUGUUAAUUGAGCAUGCAUUUUAUGUGACUGUGUUGUAAACACUGUUGGGAUGUGUUUGUGGCAGAGAUUGCGUUUAUCAGUUUAUCAAUCUAAAUUCUUCAAACGGUAUUCACAGAGUAAACUGUCAUAUACACUUGUUUAUGUUACUGCCAUUAAGGGUAAGGGCUUAGUACUGGGGAAGAAAAAACACUAGGUAUGUGGAAUGAAAAUGCAGAAAUUAAGCACAUAGGGGGCCUGCUUCAGUAAAUACAUUGAAAUAACAGGCUAAAUUAAAUUGAGUGUAUUUUUGUAUUUCCCCUCCUGCAGCCCCUUGGUAUUCGUUGAGGGGCCCUCAACAGGUCUUGGAACAAAUGUAUGGUGCAAUGAGGCUAGGAAUUGUUAACACUUUCACAGCUAAUAUCAAGGACCUGCAUUUUGCCUGUAGUUAAAAGGGAAAAGCUAAGGAGCCAGAAGGCACAGAGGAGGCUACAUUAUGAAAAGGGCAGAGACAUUAAACAUCAUAUAGCUCUGAAAUAUUUAAGCAAUAUAUUGAUUUAAAAAAAUAUAUAUCUUAAUUUAAAAUAACUUUUUCUGUUUGGUGGUUAGUGACAGCUCUUAUUGUUAAACAUGGCUUCCAUGGUCAAUUUAUUCCAUACUUACUAUUUUAUUAUUUCUCCUAAUGUGUUUUAUACCCCACCUCCUAUAGACUGUAAGCUCGUUCGAGCAGGGUCCUCUUCAACCUAUUGUUCCUGUAAGCUUUUUUGUCAUUGUCCUAUUUAUAGUUAAAUCCCCCCUCCGGAAUCUGUUGGCGCUAUAUAAAUGGCAAUAAUAAUAAUAAUAAUGAAAUAUAGUAAGAUGAUUUUAGUUUGGUGAAGUUCGGGAAUAUAUGAUACCCAAAUAGUUGAUAGCUGUUGACCCCACCACACUGGUGUAGGAAUCAUUCAACAAACAUGAUGAUGACCCUUUUUUAUUCACAAUUGUCUCAGUUGACAACAGACUUAACCCUUUAUAUUCCAGUUAGGACUAACCUUUACAUUCUCAAUCUACUGUUCUUGUUCAGUGUCUGAAUGGGUUAUCCCACAAUGCCAACGUCACAUUAUGGGUUAACCCAUAAUGCCAAGGUGACAUUAAUAAUUCCUUCAUGGGUCUCAUGUGUCCAUAGACUGUUAACACAUUUGAAUCUUCAGUGGGGAUUUUCCAUUACAGGGUCCAAAGUCUCUGGUUAAGAGACCAGAAAGCAAGAGUCUGUGCAAGGUUACAUUAUACUGUACCAAGUAUUGUGCAAAAAAACUAGUCAGUAUCGGACUAAAAUUCUCUGCUUGGCUGAGGAGGAUGAAUUAGUGGCAUGCAGUAAAGGCUGCAUAUAACCAUAUCUCGUUGUGCCAUUUUGUACAUUGUGAACAGUCUUUGCAUUUGCAUAGUGUGUCUUUAAAGACAAUAACUCUUUUUGUUAUUUUUUUACCUUUAUUCAGCUAUAUUCCUAUUUCACAUUUAUUAUUAUUAUUAUGAUAUUUAUAGAGCGCCGUCAAAUUUCGCAGCGCUUUAACAUUUAGUACACACACACAUACACCAUAUACCUUUUGAUGAAAACUAAGUAUUUUUAGUACCAGUUUGAUAAUUAAAAUCUGUCACGAGCUGAAUAGAACAAAUAUGGAAACAAGGUAAACUACUGAAGUGGAAGAAAACCAAUGCAAAAUAUAGUAAUUUUAGAAAUACCUCAGAUACAUUGUGGUCCCAUUUGUUUGGCAAUUACUUCCCCAACAUACCCUCACCCCCCCUCCCCCCCCACCCCAAAAUAAAAAUAUUGCAGCUAUGAGGCCAAGUUUUUCCUCUGCCCAAUCUUCCUCCUCUUAUGUAUGGAUGUCAUGAAGAGUGGACUCAGGGGAGGACAAGUGGCAAGCAGGAGGGUGUGUGCCACCUUUGGCUGUCUGUCACCAGCAUGUUGUGCAUAAGCAUUAUUGACGUUAGAAAGUCUGGAACUCUUGUUCUGGACUGGCUAAAGACACCCACCCCAAUGAUACUGUCAGAGGUGAAGUUAUACCUCAUAUAGUGAUGUGUCCUUAAGGGGUUAAGGUCAAACUAGCUGAAAUGGAAAAAAUAUCUAAGUCAGCUAUUAUUUUAGUUUGAUUACAUUGGCCUAACAUUUGCAAUUCACUUUUAAUUAACUUUGAAUCAUAACUUUAGUGAAUAACUCUGUCAUUAAAUUUACUACUUUAAUAAAUGUAACAAUGUUGCAAGGUUCACAUGUGAGAGUGCAGUUACAAUAAUGUGACCCAAAUGACACAGUUCAGCAGAAAAUGGGACUGUAGGAUUAAAUAAUGCUGACCCACAUAAAUCUAAAGCACUAGAAACAUUUUAUUGAGAAUCUCUUUUGUAACUGAAUUGAAAGUAUUUAGUGGCAUCUACUCGUUUGUGCAAGUGUUUUUUAUGUAAGUUAAAAGCUGUUCGUUGCUCUAUUAUGAAUGAACAAGGUCAUUCACUCGAAUGAGAAAAUUGUGAGUUAGAGGUUUAUAUGAGCUCCUGGUAAAUGUUUUACCAAUUGUCCUCGGAAAUAGAAAACAAGAAAGUACAGCUACAAUGUAAAUCAGUGGUAGUCAACCUUUUUCUACCUACCUCCCACUAAUGCAUCUUUCUUGAUGGGAAAAUUUCCUUACCGCCCACCAGUUUUCGCGUAAGUGCAGAAUAUUUUUUAGAAAGGAGGGUGUUUUAAAAGAAAUAAAUGUACGUACAUUUAUCUUUUUAUUUCUACUUUAUGCAUGUUUAUAAUGUUUUUAACUUUAGAAAGUUUAAUGAGAAAACAAUAAAGUAAAUUGAAAUUACCUUUACUAGUGAUUAAUGAGAUCCUUGAGGUUGAUGCUGCGAGACUAAAUAUUUGAUAUCUGGUUCGAUUUUCGUGAGGAACAAACGAAGGUCUCCUCUUUUGGUGAUAUUCAGACGACGUCUCUGUUUUCUCUUAAUAUGAUUUCUCAUCUGUGCGUCAGCUCCCCUCCUCUCCCUCCUCAAUUGCCCUCCCCACCUUCUUUUCCCCUUUUUUCUAUUUUUUAACCUUCCUUAUAGCAAUGCCCAGUAGGAAGGCUGAGCUAGUACUUACUAUAGUCCACUAUAACAGACAGGCACACAUACAUACAUACAUACAUACAGACACACACACAAGACACACAUACAUACAAAGACACCUACAUACAAACAGACAGGCACACAUACAUACAUACAGACACACAGACAGGCACACACACACACACACACACAAGACACACAUACAUACAUACAAACAGACACACAGACAGGCACACAUACACACACACACACACACACACACAAGAAACACAUACAUACAAACAGACACACACAGACAUGCACACAUACAUACAGACACACAGACACAUACAUACAGACACACAUACAAAGACACACACAUAAGACAUACAUACAAAGGCACAUACACACAUACAUACAGACAGACACAAGACACACAUACAUACAUACAAAGACACAUACACACACAACACAUACAUACAAAGACACACAUACAUACAUACAUACAAAGACACAUACACACAAGACAUACAUACAAAGACACACACAUACAUACAAAGACACACAAGACAUACAUACAGACAGACACACACACAAGACAUAAAUACAAAGACACAUACACACAAACAAACACACACAAAAUAUUUUAGUCACCCUCCUGUUUCCUACCUUUUAGGUGCAGGAGGGUGACAUCCCCUGGGGUCCAGUGGUGGCUCAGGUGGAUGGGAGUCAGAGUUCCCACUCUGACUCCCUCUGUUUCCUCCCAAGCGGUCUGUGUGUUAGCUGGGAGGAGUGACGUGCAGUCACUUCCUCCCAGCUCUGUGUGAUGUAAUCACAGGGGGCCAAGUCGCGCUGUUAAAAUGCCCAGCGCUGACCGGGCCCCCUUACAAUCCAUAACCAUCGGGUGGCCUUGACAGCAUGGGCUACCCGAUGAACUACUUGGACGCAAAUGGUGAUGGUGGGUACCAGGUCGCAGGGGUACCACUGGCUCGCACCCGCCCGCCCAAUCUCUAAAAUUGAGGAAAUCCCUACGGCCCACCUGGAAUCUUGAAACGCCCACUAGUGGGCGGUAGGGACCAGGUUGACGACCCAUGAUCUAAAUCGUUUUUGGAUUAUGGGAUUUUUUGUAAUCUUUUUUUUAGAUAAUGCUUUUAGAUGCUCUUACACUUUUGAUGUUUCCUUUAGGUAGAUUAGACCUUGGCAUAUAUUAUAUAAACAGUUUUCCAGUGGUUUGGAGUUAUGUCAGAUCAGCACCAUUCAAUUCCAUUCCAUACCAUUUUAUGUGCGGUUCGACUUUUAGAUUUGUUCUGGGUAAUAUUAAACAUAUACAUUAUUUUGCUCCUUUGCUAAAGUGUUCAAAUUACAUGCUGCUAAUACAAAUGCAAUUUAAGGGACAAUAUGGUCAUAGAUUGCAGGACUGACGUUCAGAGUUCCCUAUAGACGUGCAAUUUUUUUUUAAUAAACAGAAAAAUAAAUAUACAGAAGCAGUAUUAGUGAAAAAUUUGAGUUUUGUAAAAGUAAAAAAAAGAAAAUAGAGAAAUGCUAUUUAAAGGGGCACUAUAGUCACCAGAACAACUACAGCUUAAUGCAGUUGUUCUGGUGAGUAUAAUAGCUCCCUUUAGGCAUUUUUAUGUAAACACUGCCUUUUCAGAGAAAAGGCAGUGUUUACAUUGCCCCUAGAGACAGCUCCAAGUGCCACUCCUUAGAUGGCCAUUGGAGGGGCUUCCAGGCUCAGGGCUGCACAGUAAGCAGCCCUACCGUUCAGCAUCCCCACGCUCUGCAUGGAGACGCUGAAUUUUCCUCAUAGAGAUGCAUUGAUUCAAUACAUCUGUAUGAGGAGAUGCUGAUUGGGCAAAACGGUGCGUGGCCUCACCCCCUUUCCGAUUUUAGCCAAUCCAAUGCUUUUCCCAUGGGAAAGCAUUGGAUUGGCAAAAAAAAAAUCUGCAAUUUUGAUGAUGUCACCAAGGGGGCGUGGCCAGCGUCGGCAGACCCACGGAGAGCUGAAAAUAAGGGGAAUUUUCCCCCAUUCUGAGGGGGCUAAGGGAUGGGGGGUGGGGGGGGGGGAGGGGGGCAAGCCGCCUAUAUGGUGGGUUUUCACUAUAGAAAACAUGAAUUCUUGACCAUAUAGUGAUGCUUUAAGUUCCCAAGAAAACACAGAGCAAUUGCAUUUGUCACAACAGGUGUUGCUGUAUGAAAGAUGGCUCUUUUAACUACCAAUAAAUAUAAUCAGCAAUACUUAUAGCCCUAAUAACCUUGCUGACACUUCUUCUUCAUCUAUGUAUAUUUACAAAAGAAGAAUAUACCAUUAAUAUCUAAUAUUCACUUUAUUAAUUAACAUGAUACACUAUAUAUUCGGGUGUUUUCACUAAAGUGAGAAUUGUAAGUGAAUUUAAAGUGAAUUUCAAAUUUAAUGCCAAAGUAGCUGAACUGGAAACAUGGCUAAAUUUGAGACAUUUUCCAGUUCAGCUAUUUUGGCCUCAAAUUUGAAAUUAAUUUUGAAUUCACAAUUCUCCCUUUAACGAAUAACCCUUUAUUUUUUUUAUUUUUUUUUUAUGCAUUUAUAUGGAAGUCUUGCCAAGAAUAUUAUAUCUAUAUAUAGGACUUCUAAUUGGCGGUAAGGAGUCUCAUUUAACUGGGCAAGAGAUAUUUAUAAUUGCAUAGAAACAAAGGUCCCCUGAUGGCUAGAAUUCUUCUGGUAAUACAUGCAUAAACUGUUUAUGAAAGGGAAUUAGUCCCAGAGGACACUCACAAUGCUCUACCUCUGAAAACAAGAGCUAUAUACCUAACCACUGGUAAUUUGUCAUUGUUUUCAGUGACUUCACUCUGUUGUUGUAUUUGUGUUGUUACAGCGUAUCCGAUUGCUGGAACUUCUGUCUGCCAGCAUAUCAAAGGGACACUACAGUCACCAGUGCAACUACAUGUAUUCCUAACCCUAUAGUGUUAACACGACCAUCUAGCCCCCCUGGGCCCCUCAUGUCUCCAUAAAUAUAGUACAAAUCUUACUGUAUUCAAGCCAGAAGCUGUAAAUCUGCAUGCUGAGACUCAGGAAAAACAAGCAGUCUGCUGACAUGUGAUAGCCUGAUCCAAUCACAGUGCUUCCCCAUAGGAUUGGCUGAGACUGACAAGGAGGCAGAUCAGGGGCAGAGCCAGCAUGAUUCCAACACAGCCCUGGCCAAUCAGCAUCUCCUCAUAGAGAUGAAUUGAAUCAAUGAAUCUCUAUGAGGAAAGUUCAGUGUCUGCAUGCAGUGGGAGGAGAUACUGAAUCACAGGAUGCUCGUGCACAGCAGAUCUGAGUGGAUGGAGGCAUAUUAUGCCUCCAUCAACUCAGAAGUCCCUCUGGUUCACUCUGAGUGACUGCAACUGGAGGUGUUCCUAGCUUUCAAUGUAAACACUGUAUUUUCUCAGAAAAUACAUUGUUUACAUGAGAAAGGCUGCAGGGAGCUAUAGUUCUCACCUGAACAACCUGAUUAAGCUGAAGUUGUUCAGGUGACUAUAGUGUCCCUUUAAUACGCGUUCUAAAUCAAAUAUCUUGUAAUAGAUUCUUAAUAGGUCAGGCAGAGACUAACAGAAGCAGUGAUUAUGGUUUCAUUUCAUUAUACGCAAAAGCUUUUAGUGAUUUAAUUAAAUGUAAAUUAUUUCAUAAUAACAGGUUGGCGCCCUUCCUUCCUUCCUUUAUAAAGAAAAUAAUUGAAUCUAAUGCUUCUCCAUAAUGUGUUCAGCAUCAAUGUGUUGUGCAUGAUUAUGCAGAACGUGAAGACCUUUGGCAAUCGAAGCUCCUAACCUUUUUGGUUUUUGCUUCCCAAGCACCACCAAGCCUCAAUAGCAAACCAGUAACCAAACUCAUGCUGAUGAUUUGCAUUAACAACGAAACAGCUGUCCAUGAGUGGUUCACUGGCUUUGCAUAUUUCCCUAAGUUGUGUUUCAAAGCUGUUGUAUACAGCAAACACAGACUCAAAGGAAUCCAUGUUUAAAAUGGAAAAAAAUCUGAUUCUUUGUUAAACUAAUUUGCAUAUGCCCACCCAGAAUCCUUUGCGGUAGUAACAUCACUGCAAAUUUGUGAUUUCUGUGGGAAAAGCAAGUAUUGUGGCUUGACUGGUGUGUAGAUUUUUGUUUAACAUUAUAUUAACUAUCCACAGACUUCAGGUGGAAGGGGUUUUCACAAUUUUUCCCCUUUUUGGUUUGUGCUAUAUAUAUAUAUAUAUACACACACCAUGGUCCUGCACUUGCCUGUCAGCGUUCCUUGGUGCUGCUCCAGCCCCAUACAAUAUACCAACAAAAAAUGAGAGCACUCAUUGGAUUUGUAGUAUUCUCCAAACUUUUAUUUUCCCAACAGUUAUAUUACAUCAACAUUUCAUUCCUGUUUCAAGAUGAAAGUCUGUGUUCAGGACAGAAAUGUUGAUGUAAUGUAACUGCUGGGGAAAUACAAUUUUGAACAAUAUUACAAAUCCAGUGAGUACUAUCUUUCGUGUUGGUAUAUAUAUAUAUACAUUAUAUAUAUGUGUGUGUGUUUUUUUAAUCACAUAUUAAAACUGUAUCUGCUACACUGCCACCUUUAGAGCUCUCAGCGAAAGGACUCCAAUAACACCAAAUCCCCUAAAAGAAAGGUUUACAAAUAGAUUAUCCGAGAAACACAACAAAUAUAAAUAGACCUGAAACACAGCUCAACAGCUAUCAGUAAUGCACAACAAUAGUUGUCAAAUGAUCUAGCUGGUAGAGUCUAGUACACUGAUCUAAAGAGGACUGAAGCACAAAUGGUGUAAUAUAGUGUAAAAUAUGAACAACAUGUAGUACAACAUUUAUUUAAAUUCAGAACUCAAACCAUGUUUUGGCUACAGAAAUCAAUCCUUUGAACUCAGAAUUCUAGAAACAAGCAACAUAAAGUACUCAUUUUGAGUUCUGCAUACGAUGGAGGCAGUUUGCAGAAUUCACACAUCACUGAAACACAUGGGGGUUGCGGACAGUCUAUCUUCUCCAUUAACAUUAUUGUAGAAAGUUGAUCUGUUGACUUCUAUCAUUCCCCUUACUUUUGUCUAUCAGUAUAUUUCCUCAUGACUUUUAAAGUGAUCAUGCACCUCCAUUUCUUCAGAUGGCAUAUAAGACAGUGGUUGAAAUUAUUAUUAUGAAUUCUAAAUAGGCAAACAAUUUGAACAAUGUCAAUGGCUCAAAUCAGUCUACAAAAACAGAAAACAAUUGAAACAAUUAAGUUUCAUAAUGGCAGGUGUCAUUUGUGGUUUAAUUAUGGUUGAUUUCACCUACAAAGUAGUUUUAUGUUGACACUUUUAGGAAGUUUAUUGUGCAAAGGCACAAGGUUUACUGAAAUAAAAACCACAAUAUUCAAUUAAUGUUAUCAACCUAUAAUAAUAAAACAAUAACAAUGGAUUUGACUACUCAAUGUAGUGCAAACUAUUAAAUAUACUAAUAAUAGUAGUUAAUUAACAGUUCAAUUUUAAACUUACCUUCAUUUUUUAAAGGGGAAUUAUUUUGAAAAAAUAAAAAAAGUUUAUUUGUAAUAGGGUUGUAGGGCUUUUACGGUAGGUAUGCCAAUUCUUCAUAUAUUAACCUAUGUGGUCAGGUUCUGAAGCGUACAUAACUCCAACAUCCCCUCAACAAGACUAAUCACAGCUAAUCCCUAUUGUAAAUUAGGGGACUUCUAAAACCAUUAAAGUGGGUCAUCCAAGUGAUCAUCCAAAGCAUAAGCUUUAUAUAUUUUUCACAAAAGCAGUUUUCCAUGAUACACACUCAUACAUUCAUAUAAUAAUCACUUGCCGUCACGUUUCACAAAUAAAAACAAUCACAUGUUUAAAAAAAAAAAAAAGGAUAGUAAAUGAGCUAAUUGAUGAACUUCUAGAGUUAUGACCAGCUAGAGAGAGAGUUGUUAGACUAAUUUAGGAUUGUUGUGAAUACUCUGUACAGUAGAACUGCAAUUUUCAUAAUGUUUUGACAUUUUAUAUGGAGACAAAGCAUUAUGGCAGUUGUAGUUCUACAACAUCAGGGGAUCCACCUUUUUCAGAGCUCUGGUUUAACACAUUCUCUAUCCAGAUUUGUCCAUUAAUUCCUGCAUAAAAUACAUAGAUCGGUUUUUAUUUGUCAUAGCCUCUAUGACUAGUUUUCAGGCAUGCCUUGCAAUGACCAGAUGGUGCUUGCUAUAAAGCGGUGUUUGAUCAUUCAACAUGUAAGGAUUUGUCAUAUUAAUGUGCAGCUAGGUACUGUAACCCACUAGAGUAAGUAACAACUACCUUACAAUAAAAUUGAAGAUGAAAGAGUUGUGCAGCUCAUCGAUAUCUAAAAUAUAAUUAAAGUACACAAUAAUGAGAAAAAUACAAGACUUAUUUUUGGUCUGGUUGCUAUUUAACUCUCCAUUUUACUGUUCUGAAAUGUCAGAACUACCACUGGUGUAACUGCAUUGGGCCUGCAAAGUGAGCGGGUCCAUAGGUGCCCUUCACAUUUGCUUCCACCAGAUGAGAUUAGGUAUUCUGGGGCCCGAUUGAGCCCUGCGUCCCUUUUAUAAUGCACCGGACAAGGGCCUCUGGUCAAGCUGCAGCUUGGUGCUGGGAAGAAGUGAAGUUACUUCCUUCCAGUGUACAAAGAGAGAGAGCCUUGGCACAGACUCCAAAAUGUAUGAAAACAGGAGUAUAGCUAAAAGUAUAUAAAGUAUGACUUCUAUAUGUGUGUGUUAGUGUACAUGUAUCUGUGUCUGUGUAUGUAUGUGCGCAGGAGUGUGCAUGUGUGUCUGUGUCAGUGUGUGUAUAUGGGUGUGUUUCAGUAUGUGUUUUUGUGUGUAUGUGUAUCUAUGUGUGCCUUUGUCUGUCUAUCUAUGCCCAUCUCUAUCUGUGUAUACCUCUCUCUACCUGUCUUUGUCUAUCUGUGCCUGUCUGUGUCUGUGUUUUCCUGCCAUUAUCUGACUAUGCCUGUUUGUAAUGUCUCUAUUUUUUGUGUGCCUGUUUGAGCCUGUCUGUGUGUACCUGUCUAUAUCCGCUUGUGCCUGUCUGUGCUUGCGUCUUCCAAUCUGUGCCUGUGUGUCUAUUUGUGUGUGUCUGUGUAUGCCUGUCUGUCUGUAUGUGUCUGUUUGUGUGCUUGAGGAAGGAGGUGAAAUGUUUUUGGACUCAAGCCCUUCGUGUUUUUGGACUCUAGAAACACCUCUGCUUUGUUUCAUUCCAGCAAAGUAAGCAUUGUUGUGGCUUAAUUGGAAACCCCAUCAUAUUUGGAUUGUCACUUUCUCUUGGAUCAAGAGUAGUAUUACAGAUGUUUGAAAAGCUGAACAUAGUUACUUGAAACAUGUUUUGUUCACUAAUUGCAGAAUAUCGUAAAUAUCAACCAACUUAAGACAACAAACAAACAAAAAAUUACUUCUGCUUAGUAAAUGAUCCCGAUAGUUUUAAAGUAGCACUGCAGCUAGCUCUUAUGGGGUCACUGUCAUCUGUCACUGUCAUCUAAAUUUUGAUUUUUUUUUUUUUAAAUUCUGUUUCUUGGCUACCACAAAAAAUAGAAAGCAUAUAUUAGGGGCAUCUAUUUGACUGCUAAUAUAUCACCUGUAAACAUUUAGUGGUGGGGAUUGGUGAAAUAUAUUUUAAUAUCUCCCACACAUCCCCACUGUCUAUGUGCAGUGUGUUUUUUGUUGUGUAUUGAUAAUAAUAAGUGGAUAUGGACCCUUCAAGCUCUUCUUCUACAAACCUUUGUUAACCACGAGGGAGUCCCAUGCCUAUAUGUAAAAUUGUCUGUUUAUUAAUUGCUCACUUUUUACAGGAAGGCUAAGCACUAUCUGUUAUAUGGUACGUAUGCACAAUAUUAGACGGUGCAGGAGUGAGAUCAAAGAGUCAUUGGUUCAUAAUAAAGAACUCUCAUACUGCUGCUGAUAGAAUUAAAGGAUAGAAGUAAAUCAUGAGCGAAAAUUAAAAACUUGAGCUCAAAUUUAAAGUUAAAAGAUCCUGUUUCCAGCUGGACCAUCCGGGUUUUGAGACUUCUGUCCACCAUCUAUCAGCAAAAGCAGCAUGCAUGUCACAAUAAAUGUACUCACUUGUGUAGGAUAUUCUCAUGUCAUUGAACCCAUGUGUAGAGUGCUUUGAUAAUGCCAAUUGUAUGGUCUGGACUAGCCAGCUUGGCAUACAGUCGUAGCAGGCUGACACACCACCGUUUGAGGUGGGCAGUAGUCCUGCUGAUGAUUCUGAAAUCCUCAACUUGAAUAAUUGACCAAGCUCAGUUUUGUGAGUCAGGUAGAAGGCAGUGCCUAGUAAACGGUCUAUCAGCCAGACUCAUUCUAAUAAGUCAGCUAUAUUUUAAGUUGUAACUGACCCAAGCAAUGUGAGUCUUUUACAAUACCUCAUUUUGCAGGUGGACUUGCCCUUAGAAAAACAAUAUUUCGAGAUUGCAGUUGUAUCUGUCAAUUUGAAAUUUGGUUGUAAAGUUAAUGCAACUUGGCUAAUGGAGAAAUGUUUUAACUUUGGCAUGUCCAGCACAUUAUGUUAGUGUGUUCACCCACAGAAAAUGACUAAACAAACUAUUUAAAAAAAAAAAAUAAAAUUAAAAGUUCGAACCGGACGUAUAAGAAGAUAAUAAUGACUAUAUUCUUCAAAAAUAUAACAUGCUAACCUGCACACAUAAGUGUCCACAGAGAUCUAAACAGGGGACAUGGAGGGUAGUUUGACUGUCUCACUCAACUUAUCACAAGUGCAUGCAUAUAAUCUCUAAAAUUAAAUAUUACAAAAAGGACACCCAAAACAUAUUAAGGAAAAAUGCAAUGUAAUUUUUUCCUGAAAAAAAUAGCAUUUCUUAUUUUCAUAAAACAGCACCAUUUUUAAUACUUUUUAUUUAUUUUUUUCUAUAGAAAUUUGAUUGUUAUAUACACAGAAUUGAUGACUGCAAGGCUUGUCUGCAACAGCAACUUCAAUAUGAUUGUACAUGUUAUCUCUGUCAGUUUGAGGACUGGUUUUGAUUGAUUAUUCGUUAUAUGCAAAAAAAACCUAUCACAUAAAUAAUAUAUUAUCUAGUAAAUAUGUAUUAUUGUUUGUAGGCCUCUCUGCUGCUAAACUGCUUCAUGAAUCAGGACUUAAUGUUGUUGUAUUAGAGGCCCGUGACAGAGUUGGAGGAAGAACCCAUACACUACGUGUAAGUACACCAAUACUUGAUAAAAUACCUAGUUCAAUUAAUGGUUUCUUAAAUGGACAUUCCAGGCACCAUAAACACUACAGCUUCUUUUAUGGGUUAUGGUGCAAUGAAGAUAUGUAUGCAGAUUCUCAGUUAGUUUUGUCAAAAUCUUAACAAUCUGUGCAAGCACCCAAAGUCAUUCACAUUUCCUUGCAAUAUCAUCUAGGGAGUUUCACAUUUUCUCAACCAAGCUUUUGUAUGCUAUUUACAUGUGCUACAUGAUCAUGUUAUACAGCGAGCUGUCAAUGGAGAUAUUACAUAGGCUGAUUGGUAUAUGUAUGUUUAACAAACUGAUGCCAGCUUCUGAUUCCGAACACCAAGAAGGCCUUGGGCAAUUGGCACCAGAGACAUGCACACUUCAGGACUGUAUUCAAUAAAAUAAUGGUUGUGGCCAAUAGUCAUACAUGGACCAGUAAUGCGUUUGCUAAAUCAAUGACUUUGUAACUCCUUGUUCUGUAUAGACAUAUCCUUUGGUUGGGAGACAAGUCUUUUUUUUCAGUUAUUAACCUACAGUAUGUCACGUAGACUGAAUUAAUGGGAUCUGUUCAACAAAUGCUAAUUGUGCACAUAGAAACAUUUGGCUGUUCUCACUGAUUAAAAAAACUGAACAGGAAAGUCUCAGCACAAGUGACUGGAAGCAGCCAAGUUUACCUGCACGUACACAAAGGUUUCUUUCUUUUUAAAAUUAUUUAGUAGAACCCAGGAUUUACUUUAAAGAUGAGGGCAUGAAUAUCUUCCUUACAGAGCAGUGUACAUCACUAAGAAAACUUGGCAAAACAGUAAUCCUUUGUCAUUAAAGUGUGAUUAGGGGUACUUAUCAGUCCCUACGUCAGACGGUGAUACAUGUCUUGAGUGUGACAGAGGUUACAGUCCACAGCAUCUUGACUGCAAGCACCCAUAAUCCCAUUCCCCACUAACUCUAAUCACCACUUAUCCCAGACACCCUUUUGUAACUCUAGACAUAUCCUAAGAUUAUGUGCUCAAUUCCUAAACCUCUCUUAUUCUAAGAUUCUCUAACCCUAGUCACCCCUAAUCUUACAUGUAAUGGCAUCAUUACUAGUGUUAAUUUUGUCGACUAACAAUUUUAGUCAAAUAUCCGUUGACUAAAGGUUUUGAGAUUUAGUCGACUAAAAUUAGGCUAAAACUAAAACAAUUCAGGUAACCAAAAUACGACUAAAAUUAAAAUCUCUUUUUAGUCAAAAGACUAUGGCUAAAACUAAAUUGCCACAAAAAUGUUGUUACAAAAUACCAUUAAUAACAUUGUAAUAAUGACAUACAAAUCUUUUAAUGCAACACCAUUUCAACUUUGCAGAAACCAACUUUACAUUUUAAUACAACAAUGUUUCUAUAUGUAGAGCUUCUCCAUUGAUGCUCAGGCUCCCACAGUCCAUAUGUGUUUUCUGGAGUGCGUCUGAAAUAAGUUAACCUAUUGUUAAACAUAUUGUUGCUCAGCUUUACUGAGUUCUUAAUGUAAUGCAAAGACAGAUGCAUAACUUUUUUUUUUAUAAUUUUUUUUAACGCAUUACAUUUUGAAAAAUGGAUUUAUUUUAAUGUAUGUGGAAUACAGAGUAAUCAGUUGCCUUGUGUCCCUUUCUGCAAAAGAAUAAAGAAACUCAAUAUGUGGAUGUUGGUGGUGCAUAUGUUGGACCAACUCAAAAUCGUCUAUUGCGAAUGGCAAAAGAACUUGGUGUUCAGACAUACAAAGUGAAUGUCAAUGGAAUUCUCAUUCAAUAUGACAAGGUGAGCAAUACCUCAUUAACCUUGCAUUGACUAUUUCAAUAAAAAAAAAAAGUUGUGUAACAUUAAAUUAAAAUAUGAUGUGAUCUUCCACAUAACAUAAACAUAGAAAAUAUUGUAAUACCAGGUAUAGUUUGCUGUCAUGAAAUUCCUAAGCAUGUACAGUUAUAUACAAGAAUAAUUGUAAACAAGCUACAUUUACAUUUUAUUUAUUUUUUUAAAUGUUUUUGUUUAUGCUUUACAAAAAUAUAGUGUGUUGAAAGAUCUUUCAGAGACUACAUAAUAUUUCUUAACAGGGAGGUUCACAAAUAUUUGCAUGAAAGCAGAAAUAUAAUUUGCAAUAUACUAUAAGUGUGACAAAAAUAGUAAUAAAUUUGUCAAAUACUCUGCUUAUGGCUGUUUGUAAGGAACUGGAUUUCCAGUUCCAAUAAAGCACAGUGAGUGCAUCAUGAGACGUGGUUCAGCUGAUAGUAGCAGUAGUAAUAAUAAUAAUAGUAUAUAUAGUAAUGGUAUAAUAAUAGUAAUAAUAAGUAGUUUUCACCCCAUAAGUUUUAUAAAUCUAAACGAAUAGUCUACAAUUGUAAGAUACGCCAAUUUGAAUUUGCUCCAUGGAGAAAAUUGUCUUCAGUGUGUGCUUUUAUUAAGUCUUUAAUUCAAUAUAAUGGAACAUCACAUUUUAUGCACUACCCACUGUAACCCCUUUGUAAUUCAUGUGAUAUGUAUAUGUAUAUAUAUAUAUAUAUUUAAAAGUCAUCACGUUGACCGCACUCCAAGGCCUUAUUUCUAAGUAUAAGAUUUAACAUUUAAUUCAUAAUUUUUAAAAAGCAAAUAUCAACAUUUCAGCUCCCCCUGGAACUUUUUUCUGAUGUAAGCUACAGAAGGAGCUGAAACUUUGAUAUUUGUUUUUUUAACAUUAUGAAUUAAAAGUAAAAUUUUAUUAUCCGGGAGUGCAAGUUUACAAACAAAAACACAACCCCAGUGAAAAAUAUACAAUUUGAAGCAAACCAGGACUUCCCUGUGAUUUAGGUGAAGUAUCCAGGUAAAUCCCCAAAGACUUCCUCUUGUCUUCAGCAAGUAUAUACAAAUAGAAUAGGGGAUAAUAUGCUAAAUGCAAAUCAAAUAAAAAAUAAAAAAACAUAGCGUUUAACUGUGUGGGGACUAAUAAUAGUGUGCAAUCACAAUUGGUCACUCACAAAUUAUUUGAUGUAAAAAAGCCUUGAAUGAUAUCUUUUUCUUCAGUAUCCACUGUGUUGUCCCUCCUCACAUUUCCAUCAGCAAAUUGGUAUAUAUGACUCAAAAGAGAAAAAUAUAUACAAAAUGUAGUGCACUUCCAGAGUAUAUUAAAAAGUAAUUUAAUGACUUACAUUUAGGUAUAAAACAAACAGCAUGUCACCAUGAAAACAUCCUACGCGUUUUGUCCUUCAGUUGGACUUUCUCAGGGACUUGGUGAAAUAAAAUACAAUAAUGGUAAUAGCAGCAAUCGAAAUUAUCCCUCCCACAGUCCUUUUAUACAUCCCCCAUUGAUUGUUCAAAGAUUUUCGGCCGGUAUUCAGUUUCCGUUUUGGCAGCAAAAAAACGGAUGACGUCAUCACGUGCGCCGUAUGCGUUCCACCUUGCGUUCCUCGAACCCGGAAGUGGAUCGCAAUCAUUUGUCUUCCUCUCUUUCUCUAAAACAUUUGCUCCAAACGUGUAUGGGCAGAUGGACAAAACGGAAGGGGGGAGGAAAUGCUAUUAGAAUAAUUCUCUGGAUGGCACUACAUUAAUAAAAUACAGUAAAAUAAUUGUACUGGUUUUAAUUAUUACGAUCUAUGGUUGCAGAUGCAUAUGUAUACAUCCUCCAAAUUUACAAUUUUUGCCAAUAAAAGAUUGUCUACACUUAUAGAAAAUCUUAAAUUGCAAAUUAUAUAUAAAGUGCAUUUUUAUGUAGUGGGUAUAUACAUACAUGUCUACAUCCUCACAGUUCAUAGGACAUAUAUAUAAAAAAGUUUCAUAAAGUGCAUAAAUAGUAAUAUAGUUUAACAUCAUAUAUAGUUAUAAUACAAUGGUCACUCUGUGAUAGCAAAAUGGUGAGACCCAUUACAUUGCACUUUUGCCUCUAUCUCCUUGAAAAUAUAUAUAUAGAGAAUUUUUUCUUUCUUUUUGUCUUUUUUACUUAUUUUGAAAAUAGAAUUAGAAUAUAAAUGAAGAAAUAAUUAAUUAAGUAAUAAAAAUUAAAAUGAAAAUAAAAAUACAAAUAGGAAUAAAAAUAAAAUAAAAAUAAAUAAAAUAUAAAAAAUUAAAUAUAAAAAAUUAAAAUAAACAAAUAAAUAUAAAAAUAAAUAAAGUAUUAUGAAUGAAAUAUAUUGAAAAUGAAAUGAAAAUGAAAAUAAGAAUGGAAAAAGUAUAAAUAUAAAAAUAAAAAUAAAUAUAAAAAUGAAAUAAAAAUAAUAAUGAAUAUAAAAAUAAAAAUGAAAAUAAAAAUGAGAAUAAAAAAUGUAAUUAAAAAAAUAAAAUAAAAAAUAGAAAUAAAAAUAAAAAUCUAAAAUAAAAAAUCCUUAAUUUCCAAAUGAGGGAAAAGUGCAAUGUUCCCCAAACACUCCACAAACAAAAACAGAGUUAAAAUUAAUUAUUUAUUUAAUCUUCAAAAAAGCUCCACCAAUCAAUAUCCAAAUUUAAACCGAAGGGUUGAAGUGUCUUUAGCUUAUUUAUCCAAAAGGUUUACAGUAUGUAUACAUAUCUAUCUAUCUAUCUAUAUAUACAUACUCAAGUAUAAGUCGACCCGAAUAUAAGCCGAGGCCCCUAAUUUUACCACAAAAAACUGGGAAAACUUAUUGACUCGAGUAUAAGCCUAGGGUGGGAAAUGCAGCAGCUACUGGUAAAUUUCUAAAUACAAUUAGAUCCCAAUAAAAUGACAUUAAUUAAAUAUUUAUUUACAGUUUGUGUGUGUGUUUCUGUAGUGUGUGUGUAUAAUGAAUGCAGUGUGUGUGUUUGUGUAGUGUGUGUAUAUAAUGAAUGCAGUGUGUGUUUGUGUGUAGUGCGUGUAUAUAAUGAAUGCAGAAUGUGUGUGUUUGGGUGAAUGCAGUGUGUGUAUAUAAUGAAUGCAGUGUGUGUGUGUAUAUAAUGCAGUGUGUGUGUGUAUAUAAUGCAGAGUGUGUGUAUAUAAUGAAUGCAGAGUGUGUGUGUGUAUAUAUAAUUAAUGCAGUGUGUGUAUAUAAUGCAGUGUGUGUAUAUGAUGCAGAGUGUGUGUGUGUUUGUGUAGUGUGUGUAAACAGGGUGGGGGGAAGGGCAUUUUUAUUAUUUAAAUAUUUUUAUUAUUUUAAUAUUUUGUUUAUUUUAUUUUAAUAUUUUGAUUAUUUUAAUAAUUUAAUUAUUUUUUUAAUGAAUUGUUUAAUUUUAUUUUUGUCCCUCAGUCCCUGCUUGUUACCUGGCAGGGAGGAGGGCUAUGUGAAUCCCUGGUGGUGCAGUGGCAUGGGCUAUGCAGGGGGGACCAGCAGCAAGUUGUUACUUACCUUUGUAGCAGCUCCGGUCAGCUCCGUUCAGCUCCCCCAUUCAGCUCACAGUGUAAGUCUCGCGGUCUGCGUGCCAUGCGGAGCGUUGCCACAGUAACACAUGGCAACGCUCUGACGGCAGCGGGUCUCGCGAGUCUUACACUGUGAGCUGGACGGGGGAGGUGAACGGAGCUGACCGGAGCUGCUACAAAGGUAAGUAACAGCUUGCUGCCGGCCCUCCAGGACCACCAGGCUUUUCAUGAGCCCGGCGGUCCUGGUCUGUAUUAUGGCAAUGUAAGUUGCCAUAAUACAGUCCUUGACUCAAGUAUAAGCCGAGUGGGGCUUUUUCAGCAAAAAAAAUGUGCCAAAAAACUCGGCUUAUUCUCGAGUAUAUAAGGUAUAUUAAAAAAAAAAAUAUAUAUAUAUAUUGUAUUCACACCUGUAGUCCUUGACGCAUGCACAACACUACUGCAUAUGCAUCAAGUACACAGUAUACUGCUCACACACACAGCUAUUUAACAUUUCAUGCAUUUGCAAAUCAAGUUAGAUUAUGUCAGCCAUUACUCAUAUUACACCGAGAAAAACUAACAAAAAGGAGACAGCUUCCAUAAUUAAAGCUAAUUGAUUUUCCAUUUGCCCAUUAUGAAGCCUUUGCAGUAACAAUACAGAUGACAAAGUAGUCACAACCUUUCGUAAGCACAGCAAAGUAGGAAAAAUUACAAAACAAUUUAAACAUAAUAAGGAUUUUUGGAAAUAAAUGUACAGUGGGACCUCGGUUUACAAACGAACAUAAUUUUCGGUUUACAAAUGAAAAUCCAUUGAAAAAAAUGCCUCGGUUUACAAAACAGUUUCGCACUACAAACAAGUUUCCCCAGGAUGCAUUGCACCUGGAAGGUAUAUAGCACCGCCCCUUGCAUGCUGGAGCCUGUGGGUUGCACGUUGCGUCGAGUGUGGAGGUGUUGGAGUGGCUUUUGCAUCGAGUUUUGGAGCCAUUGUGGAAAUUGUUUGCAGUUGUUUUUGGACUUUUUGGUGCAUUUCUCAAGCGGUGGAAAGGUAGGGAGCUGAGCUUUGUCAUUUGCAUGCCUUUUAUUGUGUGCUCUGCAUUGUGGGUUGGUUUCCAUGCCAGCUCAUUUUGACUUUUUUUCUGACCUCCAGAACGGAUUAAUUGGUUUUCAAUGCAUUCCUAUGGGAAACCGUGUUUCGGUUUACAAAUUUUUCGCAAUAAGAAACGUCCCGGAGAAGGCAUUAAAUUCGUAAACAGAGGUCCCACUGUAUUGAGUACCUAAAGAAAAAAAUAUUUUAGGAAAAUGAUUAUUUUUCAAAUGAGUUGCUGUGAUUUUGUAAGUGUGAUUUUAUGAGUAAAUUGUUGUGUCUUCCAGGGUAAAAGUAACAAAUUCCAUGGCGCCUUUCCAACUUCAUACAAUCCUUUGGUGUUUCUGGAUUAUAACAAUUUCAUGAGAACAAUGGAUCAGUGGGGAAGUGAGGUAUGGCUUUAUACAUAUAAGUGUCAUUGAAAAAUAUAUUCUAACAUGAUCAGCUAAAACAGCAGAGUUAACAUAUUCAGUGCAUUAAUACAAAGUUAGCAUUUUUGUGCAAACAUGUAUAUAUGGUAUGUUGGUUUUUGGAUGGAUAUUUCAAACAAUAGUGUAAAAUUAGAGAAUAAAAGAAAAUAGUAUAUUUCUUUCAAGGUUAUUGACUAUUUAGCUGAGCCAUUUUGGACUCAGUUACUCCAAGCAUUAUAACUUCUAUAGCCCACUGUAAUGGGUGUGAUGACAGUAUUAUCCUGGCCUUCUCUCCCUGGUAAUGGGGAAAACCUUUUAGCAAUGAUUUGCCCUCUUACUUGGGUCCCCACUGAGCUCCGAGGCUCCUAUCCAAAUGGGUGACGCACUUUGGGCUUCUGCUGAGCUACAAAAACCGAUACAGUCUCCAUUCAAUGACUGAGAGCGUUAGCAGAUGGUUCUCAGCCAAUGAUUGUAAUUCUGUGCAAGGAAGUAAUAAUAGCUUCUUGAUCCAAGGAGAAAUCUGACUGCCAUUCUGGGGUCAAGAAGAAAUUUGUUUCUAAAUUGUUGCUAAAUUUGAAGAUCUUCACACUGUUUUGUUUUUUAACUUCUUUUGGAUCAACAGCAAAAACAGACGUGAGUAGGGCUGAACUUGAUGGAUGUAUGUCUCUUCAGCUAUGUAACUAUGAAUCAUGCAUAGGAUUGAUAUUAACAAAUGUCUAGUUCUGGGCUGACUACUCUAGAUCCAGGCUGGGUAAUGACGACCCUAUGAUAUGGCCAGAGAUGUAUUUAAGCCCCUGGCAGCAGAGGGGUUUAACUCUUUUUGUGCAACUCUUAAAAGCGAAACGCUGUACAACAGACUCCAGGCACCAUGACCACUUCAAAUCACUGAAAUGGUCGUAGCACUUGGAGAACCCUUUAAACAUAUAAUUCCCCUGUGAAUUCCCAGCUCCUCAUGGUUUUGUGAAUACUCUGUUUCGUUACUAUUGGUAAAAUUAUCUGUUGGGUUUAUUCACUAAACACUGAAAUAUAGUGAAAAAGCCUGACGUGUAUUGUGGUAAGUUCUAAAACCUUUUUACAUGUUUUGCAAGGGGGAGGGGGUAGUAACCUUUUUUAUUUUCUGUGUUAAAAUAACCCUUUAAUAAGGCAUAGCAAGAAUCUCCAGUACCCCGUAUUAUUCUUGAAAGAAUUAUAGGUUCAUACCUGCAUAGUUACACAACACACCUCGCGUUUAGUUCUAAGUAUUUGUUUAAUUCAUAUUUAGUAUCUACAGUAUAUAUAUUUAUUUUUCAAACCCCUCCCUCAAAAUUAGUAAAUAUCUAUUCCAUUACAAGGACAGAAGCCGUAACUUGUCUAAAAUAAUUUAACAUGAUUCUAAGUUAUUUAUUAACACACCACUACUGCAUAUUGAACUCCAACAGUACAUGCAUCAUUGUCAAGCUGAGUGAUAAUAUUUAAGUGAUAACAGAGAAACGAACAUUGGCAAAGUGAAAUACAGUCAAUAAAAUAACAUUUUAUUAGACCUGUUACCUUUGGUACAGUAUACCUGUUCAGUAUUUACUAGCACUGCACAUACUUGAAAACCACUUUCAAACAAUUUGUCUAUCAGCUUGUGCUGGGAUUUAAGUAUUUUUGCAUUUUUUUGUAUAUUUAAUUUAGAUAUAUAAUGCCUUGAAGUACACAAUAUACCAUGCCGGUACAUCAUACAUAACAGUACUUUGAAGAUCAAUGAUGUAACUAUGACAGAUACCAAAAAUUGUACCACUGUUGCCAGGUAACAGGCCAACUAACUGCUCUGGGAAUUGGGUUGUCUUAGGUUUCAUAUCCUACCAGAAACACACAUGGCAUUAUGAAACAUUAACACUGAUAGCAAAGUAUACAAUGUGGAAGAGAGGCUUGGAGGUAUAUAUAUAUAUAUAUACACUGCCACCAGAGUCCAGUAUUUACCACUCAAUGAAAAUUAUACAAAAAAAACCAUAAUACUAAAUGUUCCCAAAAAUGUAUCAGGGAUUUUGUGGUUACAGGUAGUUUAGAUUUAAAAAUUGAUAAUGAGGUACUCUGCUACAUAAGUAGGUAAGUGAAUCACUGUUUUCAUGGUUCUGAGGGGACAUAUCCUGUGUGCUUGUAAAAUGUUGACAUUUCCCAUCUCAAGAAAUUUAUAAUUUUACCAAUGUAGAACUUAAUUACGAUUAUAUUAAUAUGUGGUUAGAGGGGGCACUAGGAUACUUAAAACAAGUCAAGUGUCUAAUAAUAUUGGAAACAGUAAUGCACAUGUCCAGAAUGUGCCUCUGUGACUUCCCAAAACAACGUGAGAUAUGUGGCAUAAUGCUGGGCUGCAGGCGAAUGAAAAUGGGAGUGAGAUAGCUCAGUGGAUAUGGCUCCAGCUGUUCCUUUGGCUCCAAUUAAUUUCUCAGCAAGCUGUUCAUGUUUGGUCAAAUGAGUAGCAAUAACUUUGGUAAUGUUAACAACUAUGCUCCAGGAUCCCUAUAUAUAGAUUGUAGGAAUGUAUAUAUUAGACCCUCCCCUUUUUAUGUUUGGCACUGCAUUUACAUAAACCUCUUAUAUUCAACUGAAAACUGUCUGAGUAUCAUGGCAAAUGUAGUCUGCAAACAUCUAGGAAGGUGUCAAUAGUAGUGAUGAUUACAUUUGUAAAAUGUAAAGUGAUACAAUCACAUUAAUGCAUGCGUUUGUAGUCCACGUUUUACAGGAAGCUCAGCCACACAUAUGCUUGACUGUGUAUCACACAUUUCCUCUGAUAUUCUGGCAAGCUCUGUCAUGUAUCACCCAUUACUUCCUAUGCCUCACGGUGCAUCAUGGGAAAUGCAUACCACAUAAAGUGGCAUUCUUAGCACUGGAUUGGUCUGUAUUUUUACAAACCAGACCUAUAUUUUAAUCAUUGGGAUACGUCUUUCAGCUCUUCGGUCACAUCUUGCUAAAAUAAAAAAGCUAAAUUAUUUUGUCUCAUUCAGAGCCACAAUGGCAAUGUCCAGGCAUUGUGAAAUAGUGUAGACAAUGUCUAGAGUUUGCUGUGUGAAUCCCUCCCAGAGGGAUCUAGAUGAAUUCAUGCAAUUGCAUGCAACAAAUGUGGGGGCAUAUAGACUUCAGUAAAUAACUCCCAGAGACACCUAUCUAUUUACAAAUGGUUACUGUAAUAGUAAAUUAAGUGAUUAGAAUAAUAUGUUCAUAUUUAGAUUCCUGCAGAUGCUCCAUGGAAAGCACCCCAUGCUUUGGAAUGGGACAAGAUUUCAAUGGAAGAAUUUAUAGCCAAAGUUUGCUGGACAAGGUAAGAAAUCACAUUUAAACUAAAAAUAAACAUUAAUAUUCACCAAAGUGGGAAUUGUGUGGAAUUCAAGUGAAGAAUUAUAAGUGAAUUAACAUUUUUAGGAUAAAAUAGCCAAAAUGAAAAGGUAGCUGAUCUGCACAAAUUUUCCAAAGUAUUUUGGGCUAAAAUGUGAAAUUCACUUUUGAUUUCCAGCAACUCCCACAUUAAAGAUUAUCCCUGAAAGAAAACGAACUGCCUCUAAAUCCAUCAGGAAUGUGCGUAGGCAAGUCAAUGAUUGUGAAGAAAAGUUUUUUCCUUGUUAAGCAGGUCAUUUUAAGUUUAUUUUUAUGUGUUUUAUCUGCUGAUAAAUUUCAGAAACACUCAAGGACUCCUCAUAAAACAUAUAAACAUUUUUAAUUACCCCUUUUUUUUUAAAUUAUCUUACUUAUCAAAAAAAUUUCCUUCAAAAACCGUCAAAAUCAAGACAGAAAACUUUUGAUUAAAGGACCACUCUAGGCACCCAGACCACUUCAGCUUAAUGAAGUGUUCUGGGUGCCAGGUCCUUCUAGGGUUAACCCAUUUUUUUAUAAACAUAGCAGUUUCAGAGAAACUGCUAUGUUUAUGAAUGGGUUAAGCCUUCCCCCUAAUCCUCUAGUGGCUGUCUCAUUGACAGCGCUAGAGGCGCUUGCGUUUCACUGUGAAAAUCACAGUGAGAGCACGCAAGGUCCAUAGGAAGCAUUAUGAAUGCUUUCCUAUCACUGAAUGCGCGCGCAGCUCUUGCCGCCGAGCGCAUUCAGCCCGGGCGGAUCGGAGGAGGAGAGGAGGAGAGAGCUCCCACCCAGCGCUGGAAAAGGUAAGUUUUACCCCUUUCCCCUUCCAGAGCCGGGCGGGAGGGGGACCCUGAGGGUGGGGGCACCCUCAGGGCACUAUAGUGCCAGGAAAACGAGUAUGUUUUCCUGGCACUAUAGUGGUCCUUUAAAGUUUGCAUGUGUGACAGCAAUGCAUCAUUCCCAAGCUCUGUUCAGUGAAGGUCUUUAUAAAAUCCAUUGUUGCAAUAGUUUCUAGUUGGUGUCAUAUCUGUAUUGCUAUUUCUGGUGUUAAAAUUGUAACUUUUCAGUUCACCUUUAUAAUCAUCUUUUUACCCUUCCUCCCUUUCUCAACCCCAUGCACAUAUUUGUUGGUUUCAUUCCGAGUCUUUUUAAUUUUCUUGUACUCCAUCCACAUUCUCUUUCUUACUCUCUCUUAUCUUCCUUUUAUAAUCUGCCUAUUUACCAGCUCCUUUAGAUAUUAAAGGUCAUUUUAUCCUUUGCGGAUUAAACCCAUUUUUUAACAUAUGCUAAUAGUCAGGAUGAUAAAUGUUAUUCAAUAAUUGUCACAUUAAAGAUGUUCUAGCUUUCACAAAGCAUGGGUGUCUUCCCUAUUUAAAAACGCCAGCAAUCAGUACAUCAACUCAGAAAUGUUAUUUCCCUAGGCGCCAGCUGCAGUAAGAUAAUAAACUAAAUUACAUUUUAUAACCACUUACAAAGAUAAGAUACAUCUUAACAUAUUAUCGGAAUAACCCUGAGACUGGCCAGUCAGUGUUCUCUGCUGAGUUGCCUAUUGAAGAUGUAGAUCAGGAACAUUCUGUAAAUAUCAAAGCCACUUGAUUUAUACACUGAACAAAACUAUAAACGCAACACUUUUGUUUUUGCCAUCAUUUUUCAUGAGCUGAACUCAAAGAUCUAAGACUUUUUCUAUGUACACAAAAGGCCUAUUUCUCUCAAAUAUUGUUCACAAAUCUGUCUAAAUCUGUGUUAGUGAGCACUUCUCCUUUGCCGAGAUAAUCCAUCCACCUCAAAGGUGUGGCAUAUCAAGAUGCUGAUUAGACAGCCUGAUUAUUGCACAGGUGUGCCUUAGGCUGGCCACAAUAAAAGGCCACUCUAAAAUGUGAAGUUUUAUCACACAUCACAAUGCCACAGAUGUGACAAGUUUUGAGGGUGCAUGCAAUUGGCAUGCUGACUGCAGGAAUGUCCACCAGAACUGUUGCCCGUGAAUUGAAUGCUCAUUUCUCUACCAUAAGCAGUCUCCAAAGGCAUUUCACAGAAUUUGACAGUACAUCCAACCGGUCUCACAACCGCAGACCAUGUGUAACCACACCAGCCCCUGUUGGUCUGAUCCCAUAUUUGUAUGGAAUUCAAGAUGGCUGGGCAGUUAGUUCUCAAGAUGGGUCUCUGUGUUUUGGGGACCCAUAGAUAAAAUUGGGGGAGGUCUGCACCCAUCAGUAGUGACUCUAUGUCCACCCAGCAUCUACUCUCCGGGUGUGAGUGCCAAUAGUGGUAUAUAUGGGGUAAGCUCAGAUCCCCUCUGUCCUUGGGCUGGUAUAAUAGGUUUUCGGGCUAGUUGAGGUUGCUUUUUCUGCCAUAUAAAGGAGUCUACAAAUAAUACAACAAGGUAUGUGCACAAUAUAGAGGUGAGUGAAAUAGGAAGCUCUAACACCUAAAAGUGGUAUCCCCUACACCACGUAAAAACAAAUAUAAUACAUACAAAAGAUGGAGAUUUUAAGUAGUAUUUCAACAGAUAUUCUGUAAAAUAAAAUUAUACAACAAUAGUGCAAUACAGUAUGUAAAAUACUUAAAAAGUAAGAUAAAAGAGUGAUAUCACUCACAAGCCUGGAGUUAUACCCUCAUAUGACUUGGAUAGUAUGUGCCCUUGGACCAUUUCAGGAUGUCCAGAUCCUUCUUCUCCAAGGUGAUCAGUGCUUUUUUCUUUCCCUUUUCUCCUUCCCCCUCUUAACCGGCUCCAAAAUAUACAAAUGCCAGGUCAGGGAGAUUUUCUUUAAAAAACUGGUGUUUUAUUGAUCCGAAUAAAGUAUAAAAACAAUCAAAUUUGCCAGAUGGGCUUCUGGGUAGGUUGUAUAGUCUAUUUACAGUGUCUAAAAUGCGUUUCACCUUAUCAAAUAUGCUUCCUCAGUUGAUUGCAGCCCCAGAAAACACCUCUAGUAGCCAUCUGAGGAGUGGCCAGUGAAGUUAUCACUAGGCUGUAAUGUAAACACAGAAUUUUCUCUGAAAAGACAGUGUUUACAGCAAAAAGCCUGAAGGUAAUGAUUCUACUCACCAGAACAAAUUCAAUAAGCUGUAGUUGUUCUGGUGACUAUAGUGUCCCUUUAAUGGGAAUGGAAGGGUAACGGGAUUUGGUGAUUGAAGGAGACAGCAGUCAUGGAACUUCCAAAUGUGGCUGGAUAGAGUAGCUUGAAUUGAAGCAUCUAAAGCCUUAAUGGUCUCGCUUUGGGGUUUAACUAAAAAGCAUUCCAGGCUGUGGUUUCCAUGGCUGUACUAAAUUUCUAAACAGCGGAGAGAAGAAGUGGCAACAACUCGUAACACAGGGCUUGGAAGCAAAUUACCAGGAAUAAACUUGUGCUAAUAUGUAUGAUUAAGACCACUAUAGCUCGGUUCAAAACAAAUCAAGUGAUAUGUUUUAACCCUAACUCACCAGAUAAACAAGAAAGAGGCCUAGCUUAUCUGGUGAGUCGGCAUGAAAAGUUAUCGCUCCCAUCAACGUGCCGGGGGAAUCUUGAUUCCACUGUGGUAGACGCGGCCUAGGGAGUACCUAUUCUGUUAUAAACACUAUUGUUCUACAUAUUGUUUUUACCUUUUUUUCUUUAUUUAAAAAUAAAUAAAAACAGGGCAGCAUAUCUUUACUACUUGUCCAUACACAUUGUUGUCAUAUUUCUUGUCACAUUAUUAUUAACAUGUACCUAACUCUGCACUGUGAAAGUACAGAAUGUAAAAAAAAACAUUAUUAUUAUUAUGUUUUUUAUACACUUUGGUGCUUUAAAAUUAAGUGGACACAUUUGUUUAAUCAUUACGUAUUAAUAUUCCAAAUUCGCUAAGUCUAACGUGUGGAUAUCUAUACUUAUGUUUUGACAGCACAGCUAGACGGUUAGCAGAACUCUUUGUGAACUUAGUUGUAACUGCUGAGACACACCAGGUUUCUGCACUUUGGUUCCUGUGGUAUGUAAAACUUUGCGGGGGAACAGUCAGAGUUUUCUCUACAGAAAAUGGAGGGCAGGUAUGCAACUUAAUUUCUGUCUUCUGCCUUUUUAUUCUAAAUAUGCAUUAGGGUUCAUUUACUAAGAAAUUAAAACAUUGGCGAGUGAAAGCUUCUUUUAUGAUUUGGAGUGUUUUUUUUGUCAGAAGCUUGAUAAUGAGUGUGUUUGGACAAGUCAGCGUUACUCAACAUUCAAGUGCUUAAUUAUUCAUUUAUAAACAGUAACAAGUCAGUGCAUACGUUUUAAAUGGACUCUAUAUUGCAUCCUGGCCACUUUAUCUCAAUGAAUGCUCGUCUGCACUAGCCUACCAAUGCACGCCUAUGGGAAAGAAUUGGAAUGGCUGAGAUUAUCAAGAUUGAUGAUCUCAGCCAAGGAGACAGAGUCAUGGGAUAAAAGGUUAAAAAAACACUGUAGCGUUAGGUAUACAUAUCUUUAUUCCUAAUGCCUCUUAAAUAGGUUCCCCCCCAUAAUGAGUAAAAGAAAAUGAAAUAAAUUAAAUGAAAACAAAUGAAUCAUCCUUUUCCAGCACCAAGUCUCUCUCGGCACUGCCAUGACCUCCUCCUUCAAUGACAUCCUCCAGGAUGACGUGCCAAUCCAAUGCUCCUCAUAGAGGAACAUUGCGCACCUUAGGAGCAUGCACGGCAUUUGCCUGAUGUGCCUAAGACUCUGCCAUAGAGAAUCAUUGAAUAAAGUGAUUAUCUAUGGCCAACCAUGACGGCACUGCGCAUGUCUUCGAGGAAUGUUAUGUUACGAUAAACCGGGAAGUCAGAUUCCCAGCUCUCAUACUCAGAGGGCUUGGAGGCUUGCAUGGUGUUGUGCGUCUAAGCCCUCUAAAUAGUUAACUAGGGGGCUUUGGGGGGUAGGUGUGAGAGGACAUAACUACCUUCAUGAAUAUAAAGUUGUAAAAGUGCAUACAGCGUCCUUUACCCUUAGUAGAGGGCAGUCGCCUAAAUGGUGACUAGGACACUAUAGUUUUAGAAAUAUAGUAUUACAUUCAUAUUAAAGGCCAAUCUAAGCAAUAUAAACCCUUCAGCUCAGUAUACUGGUUUUACGGCCAAGAUUUUAUCGGUUCCAUCCAUUAAUUGUUUUGUCAAAACAUUUGGAAGAAAUUUGCCAAAAACGUAGUGCCCCCUCCCAGGACAAUUUCAUAAUAUAGAAUUUGCACUUCAUAUUCUCACUACCAAUGUUUUCCAACCUGAAAGACAAUAAUUGAUUGAGAAUGGGUUAAUCCAGUGGCCUUAACUCAUUGCUGCCAUCCGUGUAGCAGUUAUGUUGCUUAGACUGCCCCUAUAAAUCAGUAGAAAAAAGGUGAAAUAGGGACAGACCGGGAACAUGCCUGUUUCAGUAGUGGUGAUGCUAUAAAGUCCAAAAUGUAUACAAAAUACAGAUUAAGGAACACAGCACACAAAAAUACAGGUUAAAAUUUUACAGGGCUACUUAAAAUCACCUAUCUCAGCAACUAAUUUUGGAGGUUCAGCUCCACCAUAUGGUGAACAUACAUUUCAUUAUAGUGUUGCUGCUGAAAUUGUCUUAAUUUAAAGAACAAAAUAAGAAUUCAGUAUAUAUUUUCAAAUUUCAAUAGCACCUAUUUUAACACCUGUUUUUUAGAUUAAUUAAUUCACACUGCUACACAUGUAUGAACAAUUGCCAGAGUAUGCAGCCAUAACAUACAAUCAUGUAUACAAGAUUUUAACUCUGCUGAGCUCCCCUGCAGCUGCACAAGCUGGUAGUGAGGUAUCUAUAGAUUUCUCUGUACGACCCUGCACUGUCAAUGCAGGCAGCACCUGUGGCUGAGAACAACUCUUUGUAGAUGUUCCCUUCCAUUGAAGGGGGCAUUUACCGGACUUCCAGGGAAACUGCUGGACCACUAGGGAAAGAGUCUCAGCUAAGAAACAAACAAAAUUUAAAAAAAAAACUAUAUGCAAUGUGCGGAAAGGCCCCACAACUCACCUUGCCAAUCAUAGCCCCACUAGUGACCCUAUCACACUCACCCCCUUCACUCACCUCACACACAGCUUCCCAGUAGGAAGGCUGAGCUAGGUAGCCCACUUACUAUUACUUACUAUAGCCCACUAUAACGGAUAGGCACACAUACAUACAUACAUACAUACAGACACACACACACACAUAUUCACCCUGUCACACUUACCCCUUCACGGUCACUCUAACAUACAGUCAUCCUGUCACACUAACUCCCAAUAUAUAUGUGAGAGGAUUGUAGACUAUGUGGGGAAAAAGUCUAUGUUAAACAUUGAGAAAUCUUAUUUAUUUACAACACUUUUCUUAUAUGUAACUUCAUUAGUUGGUACAUGGUGUUUUAGUCCAACCUAUAUGGUCACUUUUCAUGAAAUAAUGUGGUAUCUAGUCAUAAUGAAAUGAUGUAUUGUCCCCCAGGACUCCAUACUCAGCGUCUGGGUGUUUUUUUUUUUCUGUAAACCACUUGGUAGUGAAAAAGCACCAUGCCAAACAACAGACAGAUGCCCUGAAGCUGUCACAGCUAUUGGAGUUUGCAGAGACAGUCCACUUCUACUAAGAAGAGUGCUGCUAUUCUCCCAAUCUCAUCUGUCUCCUCAACAAUAACAGAGGUGAACAGCAGAGAAAGGAGAGGGAGAACAAUUAAUUCUCCAUCUCCUUUCUCUGCUGAUUAAAUUAAUGAAAUUGGCGAGUAUGAGGCCAGGGACAGUGUAAACACUGUAACUGCUUUGUCUCAUUAAAGUGGUUAUAGUGUCCCAUGGGACUAUCCUUCCAUUCCGUGUUAAACUGGUUUUAAAGGACCACUAUAGGCACCCAGACCACUUCAGCUCAAUGGGGGUGAGGGCACCCUCAGGGCACUACAGUGCCAGGAAAAUGAGUUUGUUUUCCUGGCACUAUAGUGGUCCUUUAAUGCUUUAACGCUAAGUAAGUGUCCCCAGCAGACCAUCCCCUCUGUGCAGGGCCGGAUUAAGAACACAGUGGGCCUGGUGCUGACAAUUAUGAUGGGCCUAAUUACGGAAUCUUAUCGACCAAAAACACUAAAACAAUCAUACCUCCCAAGCGUCAUGUAUCUGAUGGAGAUGGUACUGGAGGGAAACUCAUAGGAUGCAGCUAUAAGAAAACACAUACCCUAUGCUAAUUUCUUUCUAAUUUAUGCUUUCAUCUUUCAAGUAAAUCCAUAACCCCUAACAGCAGUGUCCAGUGAAGCUGGAAGUCAAUGGGAAGGGUAAAAGGGUGGACCACUGGCGCGAAUCACGUGACAAGACCUGCCAAAAGGGGUGAACAUGCCCAAAAAGGGGGCAUGUUUGUCCAAAGAAUUGGAAGGUCGGCCUGGCAUGAAUGCACGUCAGGCUGCAUGCCAAUCCUGCACGCUGUCCAACUAAGGGCAUACUAUGCAGGCAGCACCUUACGCUUUACAUAAAAUCAUCUAAUGAUGCGCUCACUCCAUUCUUUCUAAGGACUGUCCCCUAGCACUCGCUGGUCCACUUGUCUCCUUGCCUUCUUACUAGCAGGCAGAAGUUCCUGGUAUAGUCUGAGACAGAGAAAAGGUGUCUGUAGUGAGUGUAGAAGAAAGGGGACAUGCCACAGUGUUAGAGAGACCAACGUCUGCAUUACCUAAACUAACUUUAAUGACAGCCAGUGCACACAAGUUUUGUUCCCAUACAUCCCUCUUAAGCUUCCAAACUUAAAGGGACACUAUAGUCACCAGAACAACUACAGCUUAUUGUAUUUGUUCUGGUAAGUAGAAUCAUUCCAUUCAGGCUUUUUGCAGUAAACACUGUCUUUUCAGAGAAAAUAACUCCACUGGCCGCUCCUUAGAUGGCUGCUAGAGGUGCUUCCUGGGGCAGUACUGCCUAGUGUGCAGCACUGCCAUUCAGUGUCUCCACCCUCUGCAUGCAGACACUGAACUUUCCUCAUAGAGAUGCAUUGAUUCAAUUUAUCUUUAUGAGGAGAUGCUGAUUGGCCAGGGCUAUGUUGGACUUGUGCUGGCUCUGCCCCUGAUCUGCCUAGUUGACAGUCUCAGCCAGUCCUAUGGGGAAGUAUUGUAAUUUGCUCAGACCACCACUUCUGAGCCAGCAGCUGCAGAAUUGAAUACAAGUAAUAUUUUACUAUAUUUAGGGAGGGAAGAAGGGGCCAGGGUGGUGGUUUUAACAUAAUAGGGUAAGAAAUACAUGAUUGUGUUCCUGACACUAUAGUGCUCCUUUAAGCAAGAGUAUGUGAAGAGUAGUUAAGGUUGCCACCUUUCUUGGAAAAAAAUACCAGCCUUAGUCAUUUGUAUAAUUAAUUAGUUAUACAUGUAAAUCACAAGGAGUGACAUCAGAGAAAAUUCUGUAAAAUCAACAACAAACUACUCACAGUUUGCUCCCAGUGUCUCCCUGUCUCCCAGUGUCUCAGUCUCACAAGUCACCCAGUGUCUCAGUGUCUCUAUGUAUCACAGUGUCAGUGUCCCCAUGUCACCCAGUCCCCUAGUCUCCCAGUGUCUGUGUCCCCAUUUCUCCCAGUGUCCCAAUGUCUCAGUGUGUCCCCAUGUCACUAGGAUACUGGGGACACAGAGACAUGGGGACACCGAGAGACCCGGGGACACAGAGACAUGGGGACACUGAGACAUUUAGGGAAACUGGGAGAAAUGGGGACACUGAAACACUAGGGACACAGACACUGGGAGACAUGGGGACACUGAAACAUUUGGGGACACUAAGACACUAGGGACACAGACAUGGGAACACAGACACUGGGAGACUAGGGGACACUGGAUGGGAGACAGACACUUAGGGACACUGGGAGACAUGUGGACACUGGGACAUAUAGGGACACUGGGAAACAUGGGGACACCAGGCACACUGAGACACUAAGAACACAGACACUAGGAGACAUGGAGACACUGAAACAUUUGGGAACACUAAGACACAAGGGACCCAGACACUGGGAGACUAGGGGACACUGGGAGACUAGGGGACACUGGGAGACUAGGGGGCACUGGCUGGGAGACAGAUACUUGGGGAGACAUGGGGACAGUUGUGGACAUAGACAUGGGGACAUUGGGACACAUGGGGACACUAGGCACACUGAGAGACAUGGGACACAGACACUGGGAGACUUGUGGACACUGAGACACUAGGGACACUGGCUGGGGGACAUAGUGUCUCCAUGUCCCAAUGUCUACCAAUGUCCCUAUGUCUCACAGCAUCCCCAUGUGUCUCAGCAUCCCCAUGUGUCCCCUAGGGUCUCAGUGUCCCCAUGUUUUCCAGUGUCCCCAAGUGUAUGUGUCCCCAGGUCUCACAGUGUCUGUGUCCCCAUGUGUCCUAGUGUCUCAGUGUCCCCUAGUGUCUGUGUCCCCUAGUGUCUCAGUGUCCCCAUGUUUUGCAGUGUCCCCAAGUGUCUUAGUGUUCCCAAGUCUCCCAGUGUCUGUGUCCUAGUGUCCCAGUGUCCCCUAGUGUAUGUGUCAUCUUGUGUCCCCUAGUGUCUCAGUGUCCCCAUGUGUCCCCUAGUGUCUCAGUGUCCCCAUGUGUCCCUGCUGCCUUUCCCCCCCAUCCCUCACUUACGUGAGCUGUACAGCUGCUGUCUGGACUCUCUGUGCUGUGUAGCUGCUCCCCCACGGAUCAGUGAGUAGUAGAGAGUAACUUCCUAUCCCUGCCUCUCUCCACACACAGUGACCCCUACUGGCCGGUGCUGGUAUUGCAGAGUAAUUUCCAUUUAUUCUGAGAAAAUUACCUGCAUUUGUAUUGCCGGUAUUACUGCAAUACCGGCACGGCCAGGCAGCCUCAAAUACCAUCUGUGCCAUUAAAAUACCAUUCAGGUGGCAAACCUAUUCCAUGGGCCUGGGCCUGGAACUGCAGCUCCAUCAGCCCCUAUGUUAAUCCGGCCCUGCCUCUGUGCCGCUCAGGGUACUAAUGAAUAACUAGCCUUAGCAACAGUGGGCAACAAUGAUCAGCUGAGAGUCACGCAUUGCUGGUAUGAAUUUUCAUGAUUAAAGAAGUGUGUAUUAUCUGACUUAGCCAUAUCUCCAGUGAGGGGCUGGUCUGCGGGUGGCCAGAAAUUCUCAUUUAGUAUUAAACUGCUCAAAAAUGGUUUAACAUGGAAUGGAUAGUGCCAAUGAGUUGUAAUGGUUAUAUGUGAGGUCCUAGCUAUGUAUGUGUAUUUGUGAUUCCAGGGGAUUUAGAAAAGCAUGCUCAAGGUAUUUUUGUUUCAAAAGAUUGAUUUGUAUUUGGUUGUACAGAACUGACAUUUUCCUCAGCUAAAGAAAUAAAGCACACAUAAUUUUGGAACAGCUUACCAAAUUUUGCAACAAUAAAUAUUUGCAUUUAACCUUUAACCAGUGCUGUGUUUUUAAGUUAGUUAUAUCUGUAAGUCAGUGCUUGAACCUUGGACAGAAAUCAAUUAAUUGUGAAAGGGCACAAACAAUUUUCAUGUUGGCUGAAAGAAACCUUUGCCAGAAUAAACUCUUUUAGAAUGUUAUCAGAACACUCCCACUUCUGUUUAUUCAAUCGGGAAGCUGUAGUAAGAUGACUUUGCACUUACUGUAUAAUCAAAGAUUGAACUAUUUAUUGAAAAGUUCAUGCAACCUGAAAAGUGAUACCCUCUAGAAUGUUUACUGGUUUGAUAACUUAAUUCACAUAUUUAAUCAGUACAGCAAAUUAAAAUAUUUUCUGUAUGUUGGGAUUAUUUUACACUGCUGGGCAAAGCGUUCCAUGCACCUCACUUUUGGACCGAACGUUCGGGGAGAGCCUUUCAGUAAUACACAGACGUGUUUCAAACGUGUUUUUUUUUCACGCUACCAGUGUAUUAAGAGCAAAAGUAACAUGACAAGAUUACAUCGGCUAAACAGAUAUUGCUUAUUCAGCAACCAGCAACAUAACCAGAGGUUAAAAGGUUAUUUCUUUGAUGAUCUGGAACAGGUUUUACUUUUAAGCUGACAUUUAACAAUUGUUAUUUCUAAUAAUAUAGUCUUGUCCAUUUACUGUAGUCACGUACUUCACUUUGAACCCUUUCAAUGUCUCCAUUAAAUAUUGUAAAUGACAAUUUUAAUUUCAGGAGAGAAAAUUUGUAGGUGGAUCUGGACAGAUAAGUGAGAAGAUGAUGGAACGUCUGCAGGGUCGAGUGAAGCUAGAAAGCCCAGUAGUAAGAAUUGACCAAUCAGGAGAUAAUGUCAUCGUGGAAACGUUAAACCAUGAUAUCUACCAGGUACAUAAAUAAUUCAAAUUUGGCGCACUACUGUGUUUUUCAGUUACUAUAUCGGGUUCCCAGUAAGUUAAUGGAAACUUGUCGAAUGAAGGACUACUUGCAUAAAUGCUUGCAUGUUUUUAAGCCCAUACCUGUACUGCACAGGUAUCCUCAUUCCUUCAUACCUGGAGGACCUUACAUGCAUGCACACACUAUCAAUGCAUAAUGCAUACUUUAAGCACAGCAAUAUUUUUAUAUGAAGUUUAUAUGAUGUCGUUUAACAUGUGGUUAAUAGUUUCUGUGGCUGUGUGCUUUAUAAGCUCAGGGCGCCCAAAGCUUUGCAAAUUUAAAAAAAAAAGUUAUAGCUCUUUGUUCGUCUUAAAUCGACAUAGUUUUCUCCACGGUACCUAUGAGUAGUGUUAUUGAGUUAAGGUCCUCGUUUAUUGCAGAGCACUCAUAAGCAGUCGUCUGUCUGUGACAUUAGAAAAGACCUGCAAGGCUAUAACGCAUAUAAAUCAUUCUUAGCACAUGUGUGUCAAGAAGAAGCAUGCCUAGGUGACAAAAAGCACAGGGGCUUCAGUCCAAGAAUUGAUUUCAUGGCUUCUCCCGCACAUAGCAAGUUAAAGGAGCACUGAAGCAUUAGGAAUUCAAAUCUGACCCUCACCAUUUUGCAAAAAAAAAAAAAAGAGAGGAAAAAUUUGAAACAAACUACUCAUCUUUUGUCCAGCCUGAGCCUCCUUUGGCACUGCUGUUUGACAAGCUAAUCCAAUGUUCCUCAUAGAGGAGCAAUUGUGAACAUAGCCACGUGUGCGACACUCACCUCGAUGCACCUACCUCUAUAGAGAAUCGUUGUAUUCAGUGAUCAUCUAUGGCUGAGCGUGACAGCACUGUGCAUUCAUGUGUUAUGGUAUGAGAGAUGGCAAGUGAGAUCCUGGCUCUCUUACGCAUAGGGUUUGGAUGCAUGGUUUGAAGCCACUCUUCCAAACCUUCUACCUAGUUUAAUAUUGGGUUUUGGAGUGUAGGAUUGAGGAACAGGACUGCAGGCACUAUAACAUCUCCAAUAAGAUGACACCUCCAAACCCCUACAUAUACCACAACCUUUAUGCAAGUCUAAUAGGCUACGUGAAUCACAUUAUGUCACUAAACCUUUGUAUGAAUUCACAUUAUUAACUAAACAUAUAUUUAUAGACUCCACAACUGCUGUAUUAACCUUACACUUGCAGCAUUAACCCUGUACUUGCACCCACUGCAUUAAACACUGCAAUCACAGCAAUAACCUCACACUGUGCUUUAAAAUUAACUCCCAAUAUGGAGUAUUGAAGUUGCACUGCCACAAUUAAUAACGUCUAUGAAAUUGGUGCUAUUUCACUCCCUAUUAUUAAAGGGAACUUAUGGCCAAGAAUAAAACAAUUCCUAAAUAAAAACUGAGGCUUUUCAGGACCUCAGUUAGGGCCUAGUCCCAGCCUAGCACAGCAAUGCCCCUGUGCUGACCACCGGAUGUGGGUGAACUACAGCUCCCAUAAUUAUAUACCAGCCAAAGGCUUAUAGAAGAAUUGUUUCAUACCAUAUUAAGGGGGUUAACACCCUACACCAAGCAGAGACAUGAAGCAGAAGUAUGGAAGUAUUUUUAUACAAGAUAAUGAUGUACUCCCUGGUAACGUAACAAGAUUAACUCAGAUAGCAAAACUUUUUAUUACAUGGCUGCUGCUUGAUCAAUAAAGCAAGCAGACAUGUUCUAGAUGCUUAGUUGUAACCUCAUUAGACAGUAAAAUGAGUAAGAAAUGUAAACCCUAGUGAGCAGGCUUGUGGCUGGGUUGCUGAUGCAUUACACUGUAACUCCAUCAUCUCAGAGAAGUCUGACUGCCUGGGAUUUUAUAAGCUACCAUUUUAGAGUUUACUCUAAUGAGAAUGGUUUAAUAAACAAAAAUGAUAUAAUGCAUCUUACUGACAACAGCAUGUCAGCUAUCACACAUGAUUGCAAGCUGGUUCCACACAUCACUAGAUCUUAUAACACCUUUGGGAUCAAGUGAAAUUGGAAUGUUUCAGCAUCAAUGUGGGUUUGAAAAUAUUAAAAAAAUAACAGACUUUAUUUAACAUGGUCCAAAGCCAUGCAAAACAUUUCCACAAUCUUGUUGAGUAAAUGACACGCAUUGUUUGAGCUUCUUUGCAGGAAAAAAAGACUCAUCCACCAGAUGCCAACAAAUUGGCAUAUGAGUGUGUAGUGUUUAUAUAUUCAUUAUUUUGGUUAAUAGUACAGGGAAUUAGCCCUUAUAGUGCCGUUAAUGUGUGCAAUAAUAUAUUAAUACCAUUUAUUUGCAUUAUAUGAUAUUGACCACCUCUAGUAUCAAAUAUCCUGGCUGUUCCAACUUAUUUUUAAAGAAGCUUGUAUAUGUUUUUCUAAUUUAAAUUUAGGGCAAAUAUGUUAUCAGUGCCAUACCACCAGUUCUAACUACAAAGAUCCACUUUAAGCCAGAGCUCCCUGCUGUUAGAAACCAGCUCAUUCAGCGUCUUCCAAUGGGGUCUGUUAUUAAAUGUAUGGUGUACUACAAGGAAGCCUUCUGGAGGAAAAAGGGUAAGUAGCCAUCCUACUUUUUAAUUCCUCUAUUUUACCGGCUAACUCUUCAGGAAAAUUUAAUUCGCUGUCGCUGAUGACAAAGGAUACAGGCUGCUGACUCAGCGUUAUACACACAAGGUUAAUGUGCCGUUGACUGAAUGCUAUAGACCUGUUCCAGCUGUUCUUUGACAAUGAGCCCCCUUCAAGUCAACAUUCACAAGUUCUUCAUUUUUCUUAUAUCUAAUUUUGGAAUGAUAAUUUCCAGGUGGUUAGUUUAGCAAAUAAAUAACUUUUGAAUAUUUUGAGUUGUUUCAAAUUGCACAUUGGCUUAUCAUGUAGAUUGCUUUUCAACAAGUUUGAUUUUUAAACAAACAUACCAUUUUUAAGGGUACUGUGCAUGUAUGAUGAUUCAAGAUGAAGGUAUACCAAUUGGAUUCACACUGGAUGACACCAAACCUGAUGGAUCAAAGCCAGCCAUCAUAGGGUAAGGAUAACUAAUACUGAAGAUAGGUUUUAUACAUUGUGUGCAUUCUUCGUACAAAUGGCGUUGAACCAAAUUGCAAUUAAUAACACUUAUUGCAUGUACUAGAGAUGUCCUAAUAUUCGUCCUUAUAAAUUAUUGUUACUAUCACUGGUAUUUAUAAAGUGUCAAUUAAUCCUGUGCUGCUCUUCAAUUGGGUAAAAGUAUAACAUAAACAGGCCAAUACCAAAGGUAAAAAGUACCCUGUCUGUAACCUGAGAUCUAGACAUUAAAGCUCUUUUAUAAAAAAUACUUAGCUAGAUGGCCCAUGAGACUGCAAUCUAAAGCUUAAAAUGUGGCACUGAAACAAAGUAACAAGGAAUUUGAAGGUGAUAGCCAGAGAGAAUUAAAAGAUAAUUGCAAAAAAUUUUGAAAUACAAAGUGAAUUAGGAAGUAAUUGAGUGAGAUAUCAUAGCUGGAGUGGCAUUCUAUAAAGUUGGGUGGGCGGAAGUAGGAGAGAGUGGGUGUGAUUUGUGAAAAUGAAAUGUGUCUAUAUUUGCCAAGUCCUUUACCAUUUGAUUAAAAAAUAUCUGCACAAUAAAUAAAUACACAAUACCGUUAGCAUGGUCGAUAAGAGUAUAGCCAGGUUAUUAACAGCAGUACAGUUAAUGGGUCACCAGCUUAAUGUAGUUGUUUUGGUGAGUAUAGUCAGUCCCUACAGGCAUUUUAAUGUAAACACUGGCUUAUCAGACAAAAGUGUUUACAUUGCUCCUUAGGGACAUCUCCAGUGGAAGUUAGUCAGAUGGCCACUAGAGGUGCUUCCUGUGUCAGUGCACUGGCAUUUAGCGUCCCCAUUCUCUGAAAGUUUGCUAGAUAAGGUGACAUUUUUUUUUUUUUUUUUAUAUAAUGACCUUUUGGGUGGUUUAGGGGAUGGGAGUCCUCUGAAAGUUUACUGGUUGAGAUGAAAAUUAAAUUUCUCAUUGUAUUUCAUAUAUAUAUAUUUAUUUUUUUCUGUUGGGUGGUUUGGUGAAGGUCUGCAAAUUUGCUGAAUGAAGUGAACAUUGUAUAUUUAAAAAUAUGUAGAUUAACAUUUGUGUAAAAUAUAUUUAUAUUUUUAAAUUGUAGUUUGAAAAAAAACAAUAAUUUAAUCUUUAUUUGCAUUUUCAUUGUUUUUCUAUAGAUUCAUUCUCUCGAGAAAAGCAACUGCAUUGGCGAAUCUAAGCAAAGAAGAGAGGUACUUUUAAUUAUUUAUUGGAACAUGUGGCAUUAUUUGUGAGAGUAUUGAUUUUAUGAACUGUUUUUUGUCAGGAAUGCAUUUGUAAAGGUUUGCACAUAAAGUCCUUGGGGCUGUAUUCAAAGGUUUUUAAAUAUCCAAUAUUAAGAAGAUCUGUGUUAAGCAAUGUCUAUAAGUUCAGUGAAAUGUAAAAGGAAUUAAGUAGCUAAAACAUAAGUGUGAGAAGGCAUUGUUUGUUAGAAAAGAAGCUAACUGUGUCUGUUGGGUCUUCAUGUUAACAAAUGCGAUUAUCAGAGGAACUUCUGAUUUUGAUUCUGAGGACAUUUCUUGUUUUUUAAAACCAUCUUCAAACUAGACAUUCCACCAGCCACACACUAAUCUACUGUUGUAACCCCUUAAGGACACAUGACAUGUGUGACAUGUCAUGAUUCCAUUUUAUUCCAGAAGUUUGGUCCUUAAAGGGUUAAUACAAUAAUUAGGCUUUGCCUAGUGACUGAUUAGUUACCCAGUACUUGCUUCACCUAUGUAUGUAUUUAUAUAUAUAUACAUAUGCACCCAGUAUUUGCUCUUAGUAACAAAGCGAUAUAUUGACAUUUCUAAUGAAAAUGUUUGGACAUAGCAAAAAUGACUACUAUAUCUGACAAUUAAAAUGGCAAUUGGUUGUUGUACUGAUAUUAUGCAGAAAUGUCUUAAUAUAUAUGUAAAUUAGACACAUAUAAACACAAAAAUAUAAAAACUGUAAACUAUGUAUGUCCAAGACAUGGCACAGAUGUUUCCAAAUUAAAUACUGAAAGUUGGUGCACACAUUUUUUUAUGGUUAUUUCAAAGCUAAGUGACACUUAAUAAAAUGUAAUUUAAUUAAAUUUAUUCUAGAAGCAUCAGCAAGAAUAGUUCUCUUGUGUGGUCUUGUAAGGAGAUUUGGCAUGAUAUAUGAGCACGUUUAUCAUUAAAACAAUUAAAAACAGAUUUUUGUAGACAAUUUCACGAGUAUAAUGAACACCUCUAAUAGUUAUUGCUAUAGAUUAUAAAAAUAAAAUUACUAUCUGUGUAAGAUAUGGUCUUAGUGUGCCCCCAGACUGGGUGGGAAGGGUAACUGUUACUUAAUACAAUAUUGAUGACAAUACUGCGUGCCUGUAUCUCACCUGGCUUUAAAUUACCAAACUUUCACUCCUCCUUCAGUAUCCUAGUACAGACGGAAAUUCUAACAGUACAGUUCAUGACCUAAGAACUUUACUCACUACUGUAUAUCCCCUGGCUCAUUGGUGACCAAAAAGUGGAUCCCCAGAUGUUGUAGAACUACAACUCUCAUGAUGCUUUGCAUACCUUUGGAAUGCCUUUAGAAUGGCAAAGCAUCAUUGAAGCUGUAGUUUUAAAAAAAAAAAUCGGGGGAUCUACCUUUUGAGUACCCUUGCCCUAACUCAAUGGGUACACACCUAUAUUUUACAAGGUGCUUACCUGUGCUUUGAUGCCCCCAUGUGACAAAAGUCUCUAAUGACUGUGCAUCUAGAAUUACUUCCCAUCAGGAAAUGCUGAAAGAGAAGAUUGAAGAACCCGUUACACUGAUAAACUGUGAUACUAAAUUGUAGAGUAAAUUAAUAAAUUAAUACGUUAUAUCUUAACUUACUCUGACCACAUCUGAUUUACAGCCCAUGAUGCUUACACUGCACCAGGAUAGCAAUUAAUUAUUGACAUAUUAAAAGUUUUGUUUUGUGUGUUUUCUGAUGUAUUUAGAUACCAAAAUACCAACCAGCACAAGCAAUAGAAUUGCUGAUGCCAAGUUGUGUUAAUCCAAUGACAGACAUUGAGCCUAAAGCCUGAAAUUAUUUGCAAAUCGCUAAUGUUAUAAUCUACAGGCAGAAUGGAGACAGGGUCAGGCAAAGAGCUAUACAAAGAACAGUUUAGUUUGCUAAGAUUGUCCCUUUAACUGAGCUAACUUAGAGUGGCAGUGAAUUACAUUAUUGUUUAAAAAUAGCAAAGCAUAGGGUCCAACUAGAAUUCACGGGUACCAUGAUUUUGUAUGACAUAUAUUUUGACAUUAAGUAAACCAUGCAUACCAUUUGUUUGUACGUUUCAUAUUCCAACUCUGUUCCUUUUUUGUAAAUGUGUGCUUAUCUUAUGAAAUGUAGAAAUGGUAAUGUAUAACUAAUGUUUGUUUAGGAAAAGAAAAAUAUGUGAGGGAUACGCAAAAGUAAUGGGCACUGAAGAAGCAUUACAUGUAAGUUAUUACUUUAUAUAUAUUUUUAUUUUUUCAAAAUUUCACAAUUUACAUAGUGCAAUCAAUUCCUCUAUUGCAACAUUUACAUUUCUGAUAUGUUUCCAUAUAUAAACAACAUUUCCAUUGUACAACGAAUUUAAAUAUUCACAUCUAUAGUUCACAUAGAUUGCAAAAAGAGGUGGAUAAAAAUGCCUAAGACAUUACAUUCACACAUACAUACAAUCCCGUGGAACCAAACCUACACUAUCCACUUUUCCCGUCCUUCACAUAAGGUACGUUGUUACUAAAGUUCCUCGAGAGUCAAUCUCACAUUCGGGGCGGCUCAUAUCCUAAGAAUUAUAAGUUCUAAUAGUUAGUAAUAAAGUUAUCAACCAUUAUUUCCCAUUUACUGUAUUUCUUCAAACCUACAGAGUUGCCUAAAAUUAAUCCCUUUUCCAUCUUACAUUGAUAUAUUACCUGUAUUUUGAUUUCACUCCACUGUAUUUCUUUUUUACUUUUCCAGUUUCUAGCCACCGCUAACUUUACUGCCAUUAAAAUAUGAAUUAUCAACAUUUGUUUCUCAGGGGACAUAGAAGGCCAUCCCAGAUGUAACAAAAAACUUUGUGGUGUAAAGGGUAUAUUUAGCUGACAUGAGUUAUAAAUCUGCUUAUAUACCUCCUUCCAUAUUUUACUUAAAACUGUACAAUGCCACCAAAUGUGGAGAUAAUCUCCUUUCGCAUCUUCACAUCGCCAACAAAAAGAACUCUGAUCUAGAUACAUUUUAGCCAAUUUUUCUGGGACCAUAUACCAUCUAUUUAGAAGUUUAUAAAAAUUCUCUACUAUAUUCAAGCAGUGUACCGAUUUAUUAACUUUCUCUAUCGCAUUUAUCAUAUCUUGUUCAGAAAUUACUAUUUGUAAAUCUUUUUCCCACUUACUCUUAGAUUUCCAAAGAGGGGCCUUCUGGGAUAGCUUUAAGAAUUCAUAACAUCUAGAAAUAUGACCUUUAGUUCUAUAUGUUUCCAUAAUCUUCUUAAUGUUACUUAUAUUUUUAUUAAGCUGAAUAUCCAAGAAUUUCGUCAAAUAAAACUUAACUCUCAAAUAUGUAAAAACCUCCUUACUUUCAAUCCCGAAUUCUACCUGUAGCUGGCUAAAUGACUUAAGAUCCUUUGCGUCUAUAAUUUGUUGAAUGUGUGUAAUACCUUUUUGUAUCCAACCUCUAAUAUUAAUAUCAUCAAUAUUAUUAUGAAUCACCUCCAUGGGUAGGAAAGGGAAUAUUCUAUAUUCUAUUUUAUAAUUUUUCUUAAAUUUAUACCAGAAUCUCCAUAUACUAUCUAUAAUUGUCGAAUUUUCUGGAUGAGCCAAAUUAUUUUUUUCUAAAUUCCUCCUUGUUGUCCAAAACAGGGAGGAUAGGCUGCUUGUCUCUACUAGUGAUUGCUCUAUAUGAUGCCAAGAUUGAUCUUUUUGAUCUAUACUUAAUGUAUUAACAGUAUGGGCCAACAUACAUGCGUCAUGAUAUUCAAUUAUAUUUGGGGCAGCAAGACCUCCCUCUUUUCUUUUCUUAGAUAUUAACUGUAAACUUAUUCUUGGUUUUUUACCUUUCCAAAUAAAUUUAGAAAAAGCUGACUGUAUCAUUUUUAACCAUGGAUUGGGAACUUGUAUAGGUAUCAUUCUAAAGAGAUAAUUUAGUAUUUUUUAUAAGAGGAAGAAAAUUAACUUCAAUAACUCUAUUUAUGUCUAUUUAUGUCUCUUGUUAUUUUUAUGCCAAGGAAUGAGAUAUAUUCCUUAACCCAGACAAAAUCAUAGGAUAUUUUAAUAAAAUCCUUAUCUUUCCUGGAUAAAUUAGUUGUCAUUAUUGUGGUCUUGUUAAUAUUUAAUUUAUAAUUUGAGAAUACACUAUAAUGAUCUAGUAUUCUUAUCAAUUCCGGCAGUGAUGAUCUAGGAUUCUGCAUCAUAAGCAUGACAUCAUCCGCAUAUAGAUUAAUCUUAUGUUCUAAAUUAUUAAGCCAAAACCCCUCAAUCUUUCCGUUUUGUCUUAUAUCUUCUGCAAGAGGCUCAAUAGUUAAAACAUAAAGUAACGGGGAAAGAGGACAUCCUUGCCUGGUUCCGUUUUUAAUAGUAAACCAAUCUGCCUCUAUCCCAGGGCCAAUGGUCCUUGCCGAAGGAACUGCGUAUAGUGCCAUAAUGGCAUCAUAAACUGUUCCUACUAUGCCAUAUGAUUUCAAUGUGUUUCCCAGAAAGUCCCAUCUGACCCUGUCAAAUGCUUUCUCAGCAUCUAAUGACAGGGUCAGAAGGGGAGCUCUUUUCCUAUUCGCAGCAUCAUGUACAUCAAUUAUUCUUCUUAAUCCGUCUGAUGCUACUCUGCCGUAUACAAAUCCAGCUUGAUCCUGAUGUAUUAAAGUCGGAAUACAUGUUUUUAAUCGAUCUGCAAUGAUUGAGGCGUAAAUCUUUACAUCCCCAUUUAAAAGCGAUAUUGGACGGUAAUUCACCAAUUUUGCUGGAUCCUUAUCCGGCUUCAAAAUAGGAACGAUAUUCGCUUGAAGCAUCUCCCUAGGAAACACACAAUUUUCCACUAUUAUAUUAAAUAUCCUAGCGAGACGAGUCGAAAGGGUAUCUUUAAAUAUUUUAUAAAAUUUAUUUGAAUAACCAUCUGGACCAGGGGCUUUAUUUAUCUGUAACUUGUUUAUAGCUACUAUAACUUCAUCUGGGGUUAUUGGUUUAUUUAUCUCGUUAAGUUGUUCCCUAGUUAUUUUUGGAAUUUUUUUGUUUUUAAAAUACUCUGAAGAUGGGGGUUGUUGUCCCACUGAUUCUAAGUUAUAUAAUCGACUAUAAUAGUCAUUAAAAGCUGACCCAAUUUUUUUCGGACUUAAUAACGUUUCUUUUCCUACCUCAAUUUUAUGAAUCCUCCUCAUUUGUUUUUUGUUUUUCAAUUUAUUUGUAAGCAGCCUAUCCGCCCUGUUACUCUUAUAAUACCAAUUAAUCUUUAUGGGUUGGAGAUUUCUCUUUUUCUCCUCAAUUAAUAAUUCAUUUAUUUGAUUCUGCAAUAAUAGCAUAUUUAUACUUUUCUCCUGAGUUGGUAAAAUUUUAUUUUCAUUCGAUAGGUUAUAGUAAUCUACAUAUAAAUCCUUCAGGGGUCUCUCCUUUUUUUUUUUAUCGAUUGUACCUAACUUAAUUAAAUAGCCUCUUAUGACGCAUUUAUAUGUGUUCCAGACCAUCGGCAGUGACACUUCUCCCCCCUCAUUUUCCUGAAAGAAGCUAUAUGUCAUCUCCUCUAUAUAUUCUCUAUUUUCCUUACUGGAAAGAAUAUUAUCAUUUAAUCUCCAAUGGGUACGUCUUGCACUAUUAUCCACUAUGUCCAACUCCAAGAUUAUGGCAUUAUGAUCGGACCAAGUUACCUCAUCUAUAAGAACUUUUUUAGUACUAUUAAUAAAUCCAACAUUACCCAAAAAUAAAUCAAUUCUUGAGUAUGAGAAAUAUGCUCUGGAGAAGCAUGUAAAAUCCCUCUCCAGUGGAUGAAGCACUCGCCAUAUAUCCAUAAAUCCAUAUUUCUUAAUUAUCCUUUGAAAUUGUACAGCUUUUGCGGUUACACCUUUAAUUGACCCCUCAGGAUUUAAGGUUUUCCUAUCCAUAUUUACAUCUAGGAGCCGAUUGAAGUCACCCGCCAAAAGUAAUUUACCCUGUUUUAUUUUAUCUACUUUAUCAAAAAGGUUAUAGAAAUAUUUAUUAGAGGGAUUAUUAGGCGCGUACACAUUUACUAACGUUUAAAUUUCUGAUUGGAUUUUAAUUAUCACUAUAAUAAAUCUAGCUUCUUCAUCUGAUUCUUGAUAUAUGAUUUUAGCAUCUAAGUCCUCACUUAUCAUAAUGACUACUCCUCUUUUCCUCUGAUUCUCUAGUGUGGCAGAUAUUACUGUUGAGAAACUUUGUGGAAUGAAUCUUAACUUAUCAUCUCUUUUCCAGUGUGUCUCCUGUAAAAAGACGAUAUGAGCUUUUUCUUUCUUAAUAUAAUCGAACAGAAUUGCUCGUUUACUAGGGGAGUUUAAACCCUGAACAUUUAACGAUAUAACCUUAACCAUUUCUCUUUUUUAAUCUCUUCUUGGGAUUCUUCCAAGUCUGAUAACCAUCACCUUUGUACUUAUUAAACUUAUUUCUGAACUUCUUUCUAUUCUGAGGAUGAGCCCCCUUCACAGUUACCACUUUCAUACCAAACAUACCCCAUCCUCUCAUAUACAAGAGGCAGUCAUUCAACAAACCCUGAGUAUUAACCUCUGGGUAUAGAUCCAAAAGGGAAAAAUCCCCUAAAUGGAGUCUAGUCCUCAUAUAGAAAAUUACUAAAUGAGGAAAAAUUAAAAGCUGAGCUAGGAACGUCCCUUAGUUUUACCUAUUAUCUUCGCCUACUCCCAUAACACAUUACCUCCCCCCACCAAGCGUUUAUUACAAAGCUUCUCUACAUCCUCAUUUUAGACUCUUCUGUUUAUAUUAAAGAAUCAAUCCAGUUCUCUCCUCUUCUAAUUGUUUACAAAUCCCUACCUACUUUUCCCAUACUUCUCUCUUAAGACUAUUUGUGAAAAUAUUACUUCCUUACUAACAACAUUUCCAUUUUUAUUUUCCAAGUGUAUAUAACUAUUUCCCAAGUGCAAUUAUUUUAUCUUUCUAUAGUCUCAACUAAAUUUCCGUGUUUCAAUAAUUUUAAAAAUAUCCUAAAGUUAUAUUCUAUAACUUAUACUACUCUAAAUGUUUUCCCUUAUAAUAAACUUACUUCACCAUCCCACAUAUUAAUUUCAUCAGUGCUUAAUCAUAAAACCCUGAAGUGAUACAUAUUCCUUUAACAGAACUAUUAAACCUUUCCCAAUAAGGUCUAGUAGGGGUUAAAUCUAGAUCAAUCAGAGAGCUGAAUCUUACUUAUUCAAGUUAUUACCAUAAUUAAACCAAAUUUUCCAACCACUUUGUGACCUUAUCAAGUGAGUCAAAUAUGUAUAUAGUCCCAUCCUUAGUAACUAUGAGUUUAGUUGGAAAUCCCCAUCGAUAUUUUAGAUCUUUUUCCCUCAGACGCAGGGUAGCUGGAAUAAAUUGUUUUCUCGCUUGCCUUGUUUGAAAGGACAAAUCUGGGAAAACUUUUAUAUCUUUAAAUUUGCCUUGAUCUCUUUCCAUUUGUCUUGCUGUUUUUAAAAUCUUUUCUCUAAAUGAAUAAGAAUGGCAGGCGAUAAUUAUAUCUCUUGGAAGAUCGUCUGGAAGUGUUCUUGGUUUGUUUAACCGAUGAGAUCUUUCAAGAAAGUCCCUCUUAUCAUCGAUGUUGAUUUUGAGAGCUUCGAAAAAUUCCGCAAGAAAAUUUGCCAAAUUGCCCUGCGAAAUAGAUUCUGGUAUGUUUCUUAUUCUUAAAUUAUUUUUUCUUCCUCUAUCUUCUAUGUUAGUUAAUCUCUCCUCCAAUUCAUUAAUCUUCGUUUGUUGUUUUUCUAUAGAUUCUUUUUGCUUCUGUAGGAGGAAUUCCAGAUUUUCUAUUUUCUGUUCGUUUAUUUUAACUUUUUGUCCAACGGAUAUUAUUUCCUGCUUUAACUUUACGAAGUUCCCCUGCAUUUCCAACUUAAUUUGAUCCAAUUGUUGAUCUAAACAUUGUUUUAAAUAUGCUUGAGUGAUCAUUAGUUCCUCUGAAGAUUCUUGUGGUUCUACCUCCUUUAAAUCUCCUGUGAGCUUACUUAAAGGCAUUUUGUUUGGCGUGGAAAUCAAAGAGGAUUCCGAAAUGCUUUUGUCUACUGGAGCAUUAAAAAAAUUUGAAAGUCUCUUUUCCUGUUUUUCUUUUUUUUCCCGGUCUUUUUUUGAAAGAGCCUUCAAGUCUUGUUUCUGAUCCGCUGUUUUCCUUGUUGUCAUUCUAUUUUUUAUUUAUUUAUUUAUUUAUUUAUUUAUUUUCUUUAUUUAUUUGUUUUUCCCAAUUUAACAAAAAAGUUCAGCUUUCCUUUAAUUAUAGUAGUUCAGUUUUAGAUGUUGUGAUUCCAAUUCCAAUUAUUAAGCGUGCUGCACCCUUUCGUACUUAAUUAAUUCAGCAAUAUGGCAUCCACUCAAGUUCUUAACAAUUCAAUAGUAUACAGCUCAAACAAGUUCUUAGUAUGUCAAUAUGGCUCAGAACUUAAUUGCACAUUUACAUCUGGUGCUCGCCUCUACUUAAAGAAUAGAGUUCAACUCUUUCACUUUAAAUACCAGUCUCAUGUAACUCUGAUACUUCCUCUAUUUCAAAUAGGAGUAUGAAAUUCCACUCAGUCUCUUUAUAUGCCAGUCACCUUAGCAAGCGUCUUCUUAGAUCUAAGCUCGCAUCCACUGCAUUAUAAAUUACCCAUGCAGUUUAAUUCAGUUUAAUUGGCAAUGUUACUUCCUUAUAUCGCCUUAUGUAACUCAUUAUUUCGGCAAUAUUCAAUAUGUUAUUUGCUCGAGUUUUUUUUUUUUUCUUUUUUUUUUCAACUAUAAGUGUAUCUUAUCAACUCUUAUUAAUUCAGUGAGACUGAAUCUCAUUACACGCUUAAGUUUUGUGCUCAGCUCUGCUCCAGUAUAAAAAAUUCCACUCUGCCUUUUAUUUACCAAACACUUUAAAAAUCAGCUUCUUAGAUUCAGGCACACUCCAACAACGAUUGUUAUUAAGUUAUUACUUAAAUUAACAUGAAAGUAUAAAAAUAUUUUGAAGAUUUUGACAUUUUCAAUGCACUUUACAUUUUCAUACCAACCAAGUGUCUCUCUUAAGAAUGUAGAGUGUGUAUUUGGAACCCAAAUCCUACUGGUCCUCUUUUCUACCCUGUGUCUCAGGACUCAACACAAAUGAAAAUCAUAAUAAAAAAAUCUUUUCUCAUGAAACAUUACAAAGUGCAAUUCAUCCGAUCGUGUGUGAUCGUUCGAAUUCCCGAACUCCAAGCUGAAAUGUAGCUGAUUCACGAAACAAACAAAACUCAAUGUCCGAGAAUGUUUUUUUAAUCGUGAUUCUGAAUUCUACCCAUGGUGCUAAAAAAAGAGAUUGUUGGUGGCUAGUGAGCAGUCACUACAUGUUGAUCUUAUUUACAGAUUAAAUGAGAAAAAGUAACCAAGAGUGGGGAAAAGAGAAGAAACAAUAAAAAAAACAUAAAUAUAUAGUAAUUGAUUUCUCAUACUCUCCUCUUUUUCCCAUUAUUGGUUACUUUUUCUUACUUGAUCUGUAAACCAAAUGGCGGGAAAAUUUGUUAAAUAAACUUUGCUUAGCUAAACCACCAUAUGGCUGAAAUUAGGCCUGACAGAGACAUCAUUAGAGUGAACAUCUUAUUGCAGGCAGAUUACUUGGAUUUGAUGAAUAUUAUAUGCCUGUUCCAACCAACAGAGACCAAUUUUUGGAUCCCAAAUUAGUGGUUAAGAAACACACAUAGACAGUAUUCUGUAAAUAUUCAGGGAUCUAUAAAAUUCUCAAGCGGCAGUUAAUCCUCACUUUUCACCUAUAAUUUCAUGUUUAGCUAGAGAAGGAAAUAUUUUUCGAGCUAUUCAACCAGUUGAAUGAAUGAGAGCAUUCCACUCUUGUAUAUGUUGCUAUAGUUUAUAAAAGUUGGGAAUCCUUUGCAAAUGAAUUCAUUUUAUGUGCUUGGAAGGAUAAUUUUAAAAUCUAGCAUUUUAUGAAAUAUUUUACAGCUCAAAAGAAAUUCAUUAUUUACAUUUAUCGACAUUACAUGAGUCUCUAUGGUUAUACGUAGACUUGUGGUUUUGGUUUAAAACAACUCGCAAACUUUUCAGUGAUCAGAGAUUCAUCCAAAUUCUGCAACUCUGAAAUGCUAUGUGGGCAGAUCACAAUUUUUUUUAAAUGGAAAUGGUCAAGCCAUGUAGUUUCUUGAUUAGGAGCUACUUCAGUGGUGCCAAAAUAAAAGAUGAUUGAUAAAAAAAAAUGAUAAAUGUUUAGGGGACAGCCACUAAAUGUUAAAUUAAUUUGUAGUGUGUGAAGUGACCAAUAAAGGUAAAAAAUGAAUAGCAGUAAAAAAAUCUAUAUUUAUAUAUUAUAUAUGUAAUGAAUAUAUAGUUGAUGUGGAAUCAAUUAAUAAAUUGAUUAUCUUGCGUAUCUGCCCCCAGCCAAAUUAAGAAGUAAUGCGUGCACGCUCCUAAAGUAAUUCACACCAGACACAGGUUUCGGGUUAAUGAAAAACUUGAGGAAUGUUUAUUCUGAGUGGACGGCAUGUCCCUUAUAAAGCAAAAUUACAUCAUAUGCAUUGUCAGAGAUAACAUGGAAUAAUACAUCAAUAAUUGGUUAGGUGUUAAGUGGUUCAUUUAGUGCUCUACCUACUGAGGGUGAUGUCACUGGUAUCUUGGAAGUCUCCCCCAGAUUCUAGCGCCAUCUUGUUAAUGAGGGUGUUAGUCGAUGUCAAAGGGAAACUCCCUAGUGGCCAUUUUAGGUAAAUCACAUAGAAAGUUGAAUAAUGCUGAUUGUAGUUAUACUGAGUAAAUAGGAAUUUUACCAACAUAGAUUGUGUUAAUAUCUUUGUCCACAACAAUAGUAUAUAAUAUAGAUUUUAUUUUUACUGCACCUUCGUUUUUUGCCUUUAUUGGCUAUUUCUUCUCAUAUCUGUGAUCCCAAUAGAGCAAAUUUUACCUUUUUGCACAAUUUUGAUUGGUCCAAAUUGUUUUUCCCAAAACUAGAUUUUCUUGGGAAUAAAAAAAAUAUGUAUUGUAUGUAAUAAUUAUACACUUUAUGUCAGUAAUGCAACUUGCCCCUUAAUGCCCAAUUUUAGAUGUGUCUAGAGUAGAGCUGUUGCUGGAAUUUGACUUAAUAACCUCUCAAUAGCUAUUGAUCUAUUUGUCAUGUAGAAUUAGGACAACGUGUUUAAUAGACACAAACGUGUUUUAAACCGUUUCUGUAUUAUUUGUUAGAGAUCUGUGAUAAAAUGAUGUGCAUGAAGAUUCUAAGCUCCUAGAAAGACACUAAAUGGUGUUUGUAAAUCCAGAGGGAUCUACAGUAAAACAUGCACUGUCCUUUCUUAAUAAAGAUACUUGGCAGAUAUAUCACAGACGGAUUAAGAAAGUUAGGAAUAUUAACGUACUGUGGAUUGGUAUAGAUGUCUCUACAGCGUAAGCAUUCCCUUCCUUCUGCUACAUAACUGUCACAUUUCAGUUCCACACAAGCUCCUUUCCUGAGUAAAAAAUCUUAAUUUUCUUAUAAUAACUGAUGCUUGGACAUAUUUGAAAAGAAAAAAUAAUGAUUUUUUUUCCCAGCAGAAUUAAGGACAAAAUUUCUUUGCUAUUUGAAAAGUGCACUUAUGAAUACUCUAUAUAUGUAUUUAACAGCCAGUGUACUAUGAAGAGAAGGAUUGGAGUAAAGAGCAAUAUUCGGGUGGCUGUUACACUGCAUAUUUUCCUCCAGGAAUUAUGACCCAAUUUGGAAGGUGAGGUGGCAAGUAAAUUAAAUACAUAGGUAUUAUGUCACUCCAAGCUAAACUCUAAGUUUAAGCACGCACUCAGUUUUCUCAAGAGUCCUCAGAUUUUUUUACCACACUUCCAAAAAUUCUUGAUCACUGAAACAAUCAUUCUAAUCUAAUCUUUUAAUACGCAGUGUUAUUCGCACACCAGAAGGGAAAAUUUUCUUUGCUGGCACAGAAACUGCUACGGAAUGGAGUGGAUACAUGGAAGGCGGCAUACAGGCUGGAGAGAGAGCCGCCAGAGAGGUAUUUACAGUAAUACGUUCACAAUAAAUAUAGCGUUUUAAAUGGAAAAUUAUCAAGUUUUUAUAUAUCAAAUUUACAUAAGUUAGUGUUAGGGUAAGGUAAUGGUUAACAUUAACUAACAAAAAUUUAUUUUGAUCCUAGACAUAUUUGGUAUUUAACAAUCAGAAUUUGUAGAGAAAUGUAGAUUGUGGGUUUUUUUCUGUAGUUGUACUGGAUGUGUAAAUAAUAUUAUAUGCAAACAUUUUACAAAAAAAUGUUUUUUUUUUAAAUUUUAAACAUUUUAUUCACACUUAAUGCUGUGCUAGGCAUACAUAAAGAAUAUUAAAUGAGAGUCAUUUCUAUGUAUGGGGGCAAUUAAAGAUAAACACUUAAAUUAUGGUGGAACAAAUACAUAGCACAAAUUCUAGAUUUUGUUUUGGUUCCGAACUUGGACAAAUGUCACUGUCCUUAAAGGGUUGAAUUACAAAAAAUGUUUUUAAAAAUCAGUUUAAAUAAAAUACAUUGUUCUUGUUCCGAAUGACAUUUUAGUUUCAUAAAUUGUUAUUAUUAAGUCACCUAAAAAUGUUUAGAACAGCCUGCAUGCACCUAACCACACCCAAAACACACCACUAAAAUUGAAGCAUCCCAAUUUCCCCUUUUGAAAUGUUGGGAGGUGUGCAUUUGGUUUAAUUUACUUUAAUGGCAGCCCAACUUGUGGGCCUAACUUGCAACAAUGCAAAAUUUUUGCGGGAUUUGUGAAAUGACAUGGAGCACAUUCGGAGUUAACAUGUGUUAAUAUCUAAUGCUUUUAUGUGCAAUUGCAGCAAUGCUUUUAACUAAAUCAAACUGUCUCUUAGAUAAAAAAUCCCUAACUUCAGAGGUGACACUAAAACUGUAAUUCCUUUUCAGAUAAUGUUCAAGAUGAGACUCAUUGCAGAAGAUGAAAUCUGGGUGGAUGAACCUGAAUCUCUGGUUAGUACUUUUCUAAGCAUGUCUUAACAUGCCGGUACAGCAAUGUAAAAUCAUUAAAGAUGGCAUAGGUGCUGUCUUAAGGCACAGGUUUAGAAAGGGGCCCAGUGAGCCUUUGUCUAGGCCUGGAGCUCCAGCUCUGAUUGUGAGCAAGGUCCUCCCUGAGCUAGAAGGAAUAUCAAAAGAUCUUCCUUCAUGGCCCUGUUCCCACUCACUUUGUUUAGGGAGUGCUGUGGUCUGCACCUCCACUUUAAGAGCUCCUUUACAUUUUCCCUAGUACUUCCCAAUUACUUAGAGCACUGAACUGCAAGGGAGGUCUUAAUAUUGGUGCAGAUCACAUCACUUCCUUUAACAGACUACCAGGGAUAAUGCUCCUCAGCGCACCUACACUUGACCACCAGGGAUUAUACCACUUUCCUUCCAAAAAAAAGCAGGAGGGGACAAAAGAAAAACUUCUGCACAUGCCCACACCCACAUUUAGACAAUAUACACACGACACUCAGACUCCCCCACACACACUCAAAUAACUCACACAGGUAUACUCAGUCACCUCCCCACAUACAGCAUGCCGCUACUACACAUGCCUCACACACAACACUCAGACAGACAGACAGACAGAUCUUAAGCAACACAUUCCAAAUGCAAGUGUUUAACUAUAACUAUGAGCAAGAUAACAAAGAACUGAAAAAAAUUUCCCCCAAUGUAAAUAUCAGUAGCCUGCUAAAAUGGCAGAGAUAUGAUUUAAAUGGCAAUUGUAAAAUAAUGUAAUGUACAAUAUUAAUGUUUAUCUUGAUCAAAGAUGCUGAAAACUGAGGAUAUUUCAUGUGUGCUCUUUGGAGCUAAUUUUUUAAAAUAUAUGGUCAAUAAAGAAACUAUCUAUCUAUUCCUAUCACAUAGUAGAACUUGGAUAUUUUCAACUGCCAUAAUGAGUUGGCAUCAACAAAAAAAUACUUGUUCUUGAUUAUUGUUAUUAAUUAUUAUCUUAUUAUGUAAUUACUAUUAUCCAACCCCCAAAACCUCAGUACUAAUUCUGUUUUAAUUCCCGGCAAUUCCCACUUAAAAUGUAAAAUUUAACGUUAAAAUAGCAAAAUUUGAAAUAUUCUCUGUUAGCUAUAAUUCCAGUUUUGUCUAACAUUUGAAAUUCACUCUGAAUUCUCACUUUGUUGAAAAACCCAUUACAAGUUAUCAAACUAAUAACCUGCUUAUGGCCCUGUGGAAUAUUAUUCUUACUCUGCAUAACACCAUUAAACACUACUGAUUAUAUAUAGGUAAGGAACCACAAACAUAUAUAUAGUGUACACCAUAUAAGUGCAAAUAGAUGAAAAUUCACUAACUAGCUUGAGAGCAGGAAUUAGGCUUUGUGCAAUCCAUAGGGCUUCGGUGGUACAUUCCCUACAGUGGAAAAUGGUGUUCAGAAGAUAUUUAGAAUAAAAUAAGAUGGUCCAGAAAUCUAAAUAUCUAUAUUUAUUUGAAUACAAUAAAAUAAAUAAAGUGCUUAAAAAAAGAAAUAUAAUUGUAAAACUAAUGCGUUUAACCACAGCAUAGGGCUUUUUUAACGUGUUACAUCAGCCUGGGCACUAAAUCCUUAUAUAGCAAAUGAAUGAGAACAGAGAAUGAGAGCCAUGACGUGUGUUUCGCCUGUAAAAAUGUUUUUUCAUGGGGUACGGACUACAGGAACUAUCGGUAUUAUAUAAAGCGCCUCAAUCACUGAUUGGUUACACAAUACAACCAAUCAUAUCAAGACUUGACCAAGUGGGCGGUGAAAUUGUCACGCCUUCCUCACUCAUAUUUACAUGGAAUUGCAAGGAGGAAGGGCAGGUGGUUCAGCCCACAAGGGAGGACUAAAAGUAAAACCGAAAUUUCACCUAUGACACUAAUGUAAUCUAAACAGGGGAAUGACUUCUAGCGAACACAUUUCAACAUAUUGAGUCUUAUUAAGUAGGAAGAUGUUUCCCCCUCUGUCUAAAAGUUUGAUGACUUCGAAACAGUGUUUUAAGUUCUUGUAAGGCCUGCCUUUCUUAUCGAGUGAAGUUAUGUUUAAAAGGUCUGUCAGUUAUAAAAUUCACCACUUCAUUAGUGGUCAUCUGCACAAACAGGAAAAUAUCAUUUUUUUUUUAUUUGAUACAGUUAGUUUGAUGUAGUUUAGUAGACUAUUCACUUGUACAUACGGUCUACAUUGUUUCUGCCCCUUCAAUGAGGUGCGAGCCCUCACCUGAGACCAGUCGAGGGUGGUGUUCAUUAGAAGUCUACCCUAUAGCUUCAUAUCUUGUAAGUGCAUCUCUUUUUCAACCAUAUUCCAUUGUAACCCAUAUACUACACUAUAUUAUCCUCCAUUGUCCCAUUCUACUUGUUCAAUAAACCAUGUAAGAACACAUCAAAGCGCUACUCCCAAUUUAACAAUAUAAGAUCUAGAUUACGUUAUUCUUUUAAGGCCUCGAUUCUACUAAGAUAUAUAUAUUAUAUAUCUCUUGUAAAAGGUUAAUGAUUUUCCAGUGCUUGUCAGUGGGAGAACUGCAAAGUUACCAGUGUACUGCUCCAGAUCUACAACAGAACAGGUUAUUCACUAAAGUGUGACUUGACAAGAAUUCAAAUUGAAUUCAAAAUGUAAUUCCAAAUUUUGGCAAAAAUCACAAAAAAAAUAAAAAUAAUUAAAAAGGCCAGCUAAUUAGUUGUGCAAUUUAAAAUUUCCUUUGAAUUUCUCACAAUUCACAAUUUAGUGACUAGCCCGGGAGAGCUUUUAUAAACUUAGUUAUGUAAUUAUUCUGUGAAAUAAUUGUAAGCUGGCUUUCCUAUAUCCUAGUUAGCACUCUUGAGAAGCUUGAAAGCUGUAUUUACUUUCAAACUUUUUGUUUUCUCUGUGUUUUUUUUUUUGGGUGGAUGGAUCUGGCUGGCAAAUAGGUCACAGAUUAGCUUGUGACUGCCUUACAUUUAGUGAUAUACAGGGAACCGCCAGUUUUUUCUACCUCACAGAUAUUUGUACCCAGUGAUGUAAGAGUUAUUUAACUAUAUCCUCUACAAUAUAUUAUUUUGUAGUAUAGCAGAGGCAGUGAUUUUUACAGAAAUGUGUACCCAGUGAUGUAAGAGUUAUUUAAAGGGACACUAUAGUCACCAGAACAACUACAGCUUAAUGUAGUUGUUAUGGUGUCUAUAGCCUUCCCCUGCGGGCAUUUUAAUAUAUAUUUCAAUUUUUUCCUCUGAAAAUAGGGUGUUUACAUUGCUCCCUAGGGACACCUCCACUGGCAGUCACUCAAACGGCUACUAGAGUUGCUGCCUGGGUAAGUGCGGCACAACGAGCAGGCGCUCUGCAAGGAGACGCUGAACUUUCCCCAUAGAGAUACAUUUAUUCAAUGCAUGUGUAUGAGGAGACUCUGGUUGGCGCAGAGUGGCAUUUUGAUGCACAUGCUCAAUAGCCUUCCAGUGCAUUCCUACAGGAAAGCAUUGGAUUGCUUGAGAUCAUCAAUCAGCACAGCAGACCUGCACAAUGCUGAAAUAAAGGUGAGUUUUAACCCUAUUUAAAAGGGCAAGGUGGGGAACCUGGGAACCUAAAAUGGGUUUUAACACUAUUGGGUCAGGAAUGCACAUUUGCAUUCCUGAUGCUAAAGUGUUCCUUUAACUAUAUCCUCUGCAAUGUAUUAUUUUGUAAUAUAAUAGAGACAGGGAUUUUCACAGAUAUUUGUAUCCAGUAAUGUAAGUGUUAUUAAACUAUAUCCUUUUCAAUGUAUUAUUUUCAUAGGAAGUAGUACAAUUUUCACACUGUUACAUUCAGGAACUGUGUUAUUCAAUAGUUCUGCCAUAUACUGCAGCAAUAACAGUACUACUGAUUUAUGAGGAUUUUAAUAGUAUUUAGUAAAAGUGAAGGUUUAUUUUUUCAGCAAAAUUUACCACUUUUUCUUUCUUUCUUUCUUUCUGACUAUCCAGGAUGUUCCAGCAAUUCCGAUUACUUCAACAUUUUUGGAGAGACAUUUGCCAUCUGCUCAGGGAUUACUGCGCUUCAUUGGCCAUACUACUUUAUUUUCUAUGGCUGCUGCUGUAGGAUUUAUUGCAGUCAAGAAGGGUUACAUAACUCUGAAAUGACUUUGUUAGAUUAAUACUUUUCAUGAAUGUAGUCUGCUCUGAUUUUAUGGUACUACUAGAGAAACAUUUCUAAGUGAUUUCUAUUUUUUUUUUUUUUUUUUUAAAGUUUCUUUUCAAUGUUUGCCGAUUUACAGUUGGGAUAGAUUGUGACUAAACAUAUUAUUAAAUAUACUAGAUGGCAGAAAUAAAUUACCUAAACUGUAGAUUCAACAGUUUUUGGAGCGGAGAUAGAUGUUGUAUUAGAUUUAUGAAAUUAAUUCUAAUAACAGAGAUCUGUUAACUAAACUGCCAUUUACUGAUCAAUUCUAAUACAAAGAACUUAAUUUACUAAGUGUUAAUACCAAACCCUAUGUCAAUAUUACUCUAAAAAAAACAAUUAAAAUAUUGUGUUCCUUUACUUCUUGAUUCAGUUGUCUUCCUUGAUACACGAAAAUGUCUUCAUGAAAAUGUAUGAACAUUUAAGGUUUAUAGAAUAAAGACAGAAGUUUAUAUCAUUAGCCUUGAUAAACAAAACAAAGAAAAAUAAUCACUGGGGAUUCCUAUGAAUAAUUUUGAUUCUUUCAUUUAUCAUUACAGUAGAGAUCCAGCUGGCAUUUCAAACUUUUUGGAAAAUGUUUAAGGAACUAGAUUAGAGGAAUCUUUAACCACUUCACUACCAACCACUUUUUUUUGGAAAAAUAUUACAAUAGCCUUCACUAGUGAACGGUUCGCCGCGGACUCAUCAUUGAGUAAACUUUGACCCUGUACCUCACAGUCAGCAGACACAUUCCAGCCAAUCAGCAGCAGACCCUCCCUCCCAGACCUUCCCACCUCCUAGACAGCAUCCAUUUUGAAGCUGCAUUCUUAGUGAGCUGUCCAGGAGGUUAAUUUAAUUUUUAUGUUUACUAUAUACUAUAAUUUAUUGUGACAUAAUUAAUAAUAAUAAUAAUAUGUAACAUGCGUCACAAUAAUCAGUGAAUAUUUAGGUAUAACAUAAUUAUACAAUAUGCCAACAGUUAUGGCACGAUUACAGAUAGCUCAGUAGCAACAUAUGUUAAUUUUAUUCUAAAGAAGUUUCAUACAUAAUUACCAAUACGCCCUCUAGAAUUCAAUCAACCGUUAUAUUCACAUAGAUGCGAUUUUCAACAAAAUUAUAGAAAUCUCUUAGCUUUAAAGUUCCUUUACACAGAGCACAUAGCAGCGCAGCUUCCAGCCAUGAUUUUUGCUGUCAGUUUCAAUCACACUGAGUUAACUAAUUCACUGCUGGCUACAAUUUUCAAAACACCUUUAAUAUUGCAGCUAACAAAUACAAUAUUUCUCACACCAAUAAGUUAAUUAUCAAUUUACUUCCAUCCAGUAACUCAAAAUAAUAAUUCUAACCAGAUUUUUACACUGCAGAUGAUCAACUAUCCUGAUUAAAGAUGAACUAAACCUAAAUUCAGAUAAGUCAAUAUCUCCUGAUAAUAGCUCGAUAUGCCAUACUCGGCAAAUUACCAGUAAAUAUAUUGCUCAUUUAUUCCACCUGCAGGAAUGGAAUGUUGAACCAAAUAUUUUCUCAGCUAAUUAUGAAUUCAAAGGUUUAAAAUCUGAUCAGUUUUAUCCAGGUAUAUUUCUGCUUUUAGUAAAAAUUAUUAAGAAAAUAAAAUGAAACUAGCAUAUUUACCAGCUUUCUUGGAAGAAAUUAUUUAGGCUUGGAGAUGUAUUCCAUUAAUGUUGUAUGCAAUUAUGAGUAGAAAAUUGUGGAAAUAGGAUGCUAUCAGAGUUCUGAUUAUUAAAGAAUUUCAGAAAAAGACAAAGUGUUAAGUUUUCAAAGUUCCAGAAUUUAGAUGGAAAGAUACAGAGAGUUAGAUGUGUCCAGCGUUUGGUUAAUGAUCAAAGACCUCCUGUCUCUUAAUUUAUAAGGAAGAGCUUCUCUUAACUUUCUUUGCAUCACUUAUUUAAAGUGACCAAUGGAGCCAGGUGAGUGUACCUUCUUCUACUGAUUGCCUUAUAGAUUUUGGUCAAUAGAUGGCGUUGUAACACCACAAGUAAUUCUCAUCAAGAACUCCUACUACCAUGUUGUAUAAGGGGCUAAUGGAAUUUCGUGAUGCAUUUGACGUCAUAGUUGUCUUAUCUUUUAUGGUUCAUUUGUCACAUAUCUGUCAGUCUUCAAAGAGACUUCCCAGACAUAGCAACUACUUUUUGGGCCAUAAAGUAUGAUUUUGAUGUAUCUGGCCUCUCUUUUUUUUUUUAUUCUUUAUUUUUGUUUUCACUGCAUAAUGAUUAGUCAUAACAUUUCCAUAACGCCUUAUAACAUGGUUGCAUAUAGGCCGGUAUUCAGAAGGGUAUGGGACAUGUCAGGCCUAGAGAAGGUAUGCACUCUGUGAAGUGGUCUAGUCAGUCCUAGGAAUCUGUUUUGUUC